CCCCUGCCAUGCACCCACCCCAAAUCCACAAUUUAACUCGGCGAGUGGGGUGCGAGACAAGCGUUUAACCCACGGACUAUUUGACCCCGGCGCGGCAGGCUGUGAGGGCUCUGAGUGUGUGAGGUGACGGAAGGGGCGGAGCCUGGCGGCUGGGUGCAUGGCAGUGAGGAGGCCGCAGCCAGGCUCGGCGGCAGCACAGUGUGAGCUCCUCUCCUCCCCCUAUCACAGGCUAUCACUGGCUAUCCCAGGCAUGGCCGACCCACCGGGGCCCAGCCACCACCCCCCACCGCGGCUCGAGUCAGGUAACCCGGCCCGCCUACCGCCUGGACCCCGCUAAUAUACAGUCACUGACACUAUAUAUAAUGUAUGGGGUGUGUUAUACAGAGAGCACAGCUAAUACACAGUCACUGUCACUUUAUAUAAUGUAUGGGGGGUGUUAUACAGAGAGCAGAGCUAAUACACAGUCACUGACACUUUAUAUAAUGUAUGGGGGGUGUUAUACAGAGAGCAGAGCUAAUACACAGUCACUGACACUUUAUAUAAUGUAUGGGGUGUUAUACAGAGAGCAGAGCUAAUACACAGUCACUGACACUUUAUAUAAUGUAUGGGGUGUUAUACAGAGAGCAGAGCUAAUACACAGUCACUGACACUAUAUAUAAUGUAUGGGGGGUGUUAUACAGAGAGCAGAGCUAAUACACAGUCACUGACACUAUAUAUAAUGUAUGGGGUGUUAUACAGAGAGCACAGCUAAUACACAGUUACUGUCACUUUAUAUAAUGUAUGGGGGGUGUUAUACAGAGAGCAGAGCUAAUACACGGUCACUGACACUUUAUAUAAUGUAUGGGGUGUUAUACAGAGAGCAGAUACACAGUUACUGUCACUUUAUAUAAUGUAUGGGGGGUGUUAUACAGAGAGCAGAGCUAAUACACGGUCACUGACACUUUAUAUAAUGUAUGGGGGGUGUUAUACAGAGAGCACAGCUAAUACACAGUCACUGACACUUUAUAUAAUGUAUGGGGGGUGUUAUACAGAGAGCAGAGCUAAUACACAGUCACUGACACUUUAUAUAAUGUAUGGGGUGUUAUACAGAGAGCAGAGCUAAUACACAGUCACUGACACUUUAUAUAAUGUAUGGGGGGUGUUAUACAGAGAGCAGAGCUAAUACACAGUUACUGACACUUUAUAUAAUGUAUGGGGGGUGUUAUACAGAGAGCAGAGCUAAUACACAGUUACUGACACUUUAUAUAAUGUAUGGGGGGUGUUAUACAGAGAGCAGAGCUAAUACACAGUCACUGACACUAUAUAUAAUGUAUGGGGGUGUUAUACAGAGAGCAGAGCUAAUAUACAGUAUGGGGGGUGUUAGCAGAGCUAAUACACAGUCACUGACACUAUAUAUAAUGUAUGGGGUGUGUUAUACAGAGAGCAGAGCUAAUACAGUCACUGACACUUUAUAUAAUGUAUGGGGGGUGUUAUACAGAGAGCAGAGCUAAUACACAGUCACUGACACUUUAUAUAAUGUAUGGGGGGUGUUAUACAGAGAGCAGAGCUAAUACACGGUCACUGACACUUUAUAUAAUGUAUGGGGGGUGUUAUACAGAGAGCAGAGCUAAUACACAGUUACUGACACUUUAUAUAAUGUAUGGGGGUGUUAUACAGAGAGCAGAGCUAAUACACAGUCACUGACACUAUAAUGUAUGGGGGGUGUUAUACAGAGAGCAGAGCUAAUACACAGUCACUGACACUAUAUAUAAUGUAUGGGGGUGUUAUACAGAGAGCAGAGCUAAUACACAGUUACUGACACUUUAUAUAAUGUAUGGGGGGUGUUAUACAGAGAGCAGAGCUAAUACACAGUCACUGACACUUUAUAUAAUGUAUGGGGGCUGUUAUACAGAGAGCAGAGCUAAUACACGGUCACUGUCACUUUAUAUAAUGUAUGGGGGUGUUAUACAGAGAGCAGAGCUAAUACACGGUCACUGACACUUUAUAUAAUGUAUGGGGGGUGUUAUACAGAGAGCAGAGCUAAUACACGGUCACUGUCACUUUAUAUAAUGUAUGGGGGGGUGUUAUACAGAGAGCAGAGCUAAUACACGGUCACUGACACUUUAUAUAAUGUAUGGGGGGUGUUAUACAGAGAGCAGAGCUAAUACACAGUCACUGACACUUUAUAUAAUGUAUGGGGGUGUUAUACAGAGAGCAGAGCUAAUACACAGUCACUGACACUUUAUAUAAUGUAUGGGGGGUGUUAUACAGAGAGCAGAGCUAAUACACAGUCACUGACACUUUAUAUAAUGUAUGGGGGGUGUUAUACAGAGAGCAGAGCUAAUACACAGUCACUGACACUUUAUAUAAUGUAUGGGGGGUGUUAUACAGAGAGCAGAGCUAAUACAGUCACUGACACUUUUUAUAUAAUGUAUGGGGGGUGUUAUACAGAGAGCAGAGCUAAUACACAGUCACUGACACUUUAUAUAAUGUAUGGGGGGUGUUAUACAGAGAGCAGAGCUAAUACACAGUCACUGACACUUUAUAUAAUGUAUGGGGGGUGUUGUACAGAGAGCAGAGCUAAUACACAGUUACUGACACUUUAUAAUGUACCAGACACGUAGCAGGAGACUGGGAUCUGCUAUACAAAGUGCAAUGUCCUAGUACAGCUGUCACUUGAUAUACAUAUAUAAUAAGAGAACUGCUUAUUUGUGUAAUUUUAAUAUUCUGUAAAUAGAAGUACAUAAAAUGUCAUUUCUUGCAAAUUAUCUCCUCCCCCCCCCUCCAAGGUGAUACGUCAGCAUGGAGGUGCCAGGGAUGAGAAGGGCAGGUAGCUAUAAAAGCAUCCUCUCCUAAAGGCGCACUCCACUUCAGUACUAUAACCACUGUAUCUCAUAGUGGUUAUGGUGUUGUGUGUCUAUACCAUCCCUCUGAUUUGUUUGAAUCUGUUUUGGACCUAUUUGAUAAAGUCUCCUGCUCUACCACCAGAAUGGCUACUUGCCUGCUGCUUAGCUAAUGCGGAAGCGAACUUCAUCAUUAGACGACUAACUUUUUGGUAGUAAUAAGCGAAGUGCACUAAAACACUUCCAGAGCUUGCUGCAAAUCUUUGUUGCUCAAAGUGAACUUCCACACUUGUUGAGCAGUACGAGAGGGGCCAGUGUGAGCCAUAUCUUAAUUUAAACCACUCAUAUACAGUUUAACACAAACUGGAGGGGUCGCAGCACUCACAGAUUCUGAACCAGAACCGAGAUUUAGACUUCUGCAUUUACAGUGUCAGUUUUGUCCAAGUUUGGUUGACACUCAUUGCUAAAGUAUGUCUGCUGGCAUGUAAAACCAAAAGCAGUAUGUAGCGUUAGAGGACGGGCCAUUGGAGGUCUGGGACCCUUGGUUUGCUUCAUACAGCUUAAGUACAAUUAAGCCCAGACCCAGCGGAUGAUGCAGAUGUAUGCUGGCCACCAUAACCAUUAUAGUGGGCUGUAGUGAUUAUGGUGCUUAUUUUCCCUUUCAGCUCCUGACAAAUGAAGCAGUACAUUGCUGUGUCACUGUUCUACUCUAGUGCAGGGGUAGGCAACAGUUGGCACUCUGGUGAAUGCACUGAAGUACACAAUGGGGGUCGGUGGGGGAAAAAAUGUGAAUAUGCCGGUUACCAUCAGUUGUCGUCACAGAUUAGAAAUGACAUGACAAAAUUAGCCAGGAGAAACAGUUUGAAGUCUUUUGCCAAAGACUAGUUGGAGCCUAAAGCAAAGUAGUCCCUGCAUUUGUACAUGGAAACAUCCACAAGCGCUUGAUAUACUUUUUAAAUAGUGCUCAUUCCCCUCCUCUCACCCAUUGUAUUUUUAAAAUGUAAAGAAGAAGAAUGCGGUGUAGGUAUCUGCUGCUUCUGGAAUGAAUUGAAAGAUUGGUAUUUGGGUAAAGAGUCAAAAGUUCUUAGAAAGUUUUGCUUCCUAAAAUAGUUCAACAAUGAGCUGUCAUGCAUAAUUUAUUUUCUAUGGUGAAAACCCCAUCCUCUGCUGAAAGGACCUAAUAUAUUUUUUUUCUUUCCCCAUAUCUUCCUCAGAGUUGUAUUUUCUAAUCGCUAAAUUUCUAGCUAAUGGAUCCUGCCGUAAAUCUGCAGAGGUGAGUGAGACAUGCAUCUCUGUGGACAAAACAAACUCUAUUGUAAAAGUCUGUUUAAAUAUUGAGUAAAAUAAAAAAAAUUCAGGCUGAAAUAACUAAUAGAUGACUAUAGCAUACUUGGAGAAUGAUUCAAAAUCAGCUGUUGUGACUUUUAUAUUUUGCUUUUUCUUUCAAUUUACCACUAUUCACUGAAUUAACUCUACAGUGUUAGCUGGAAUGGUAAACAUAUGGUUAAAUGGUCUGUUUAUUAAUAUUAAUAAUAUUAUUAUUAUUAAUAUUGCAAUGCAGUUAUUCACCAAACUGUGAAUUGUCAUGAAUUCAAAGUGAAUUUCAAAAUUUAGGCCAUUUUAGCCAGUUUUUAAGAAUUCUCUCAAUUUAUAGUAUAUUCUUGAGCUCUGCAUCUGUUCAGAUAUAGCGUUACCCACUAGAAUGUAAUAUAAUAUGUAGUUUAUAAUCAGAUAACAGGAGCUAACUCCUGUGAGCUGCUAAAACCUUGCUCGAGAUGUAAACACACUCCCUAUCACAAUAUAGUCUUAAAAACUCAAGUAAUGGCACGGUGCACAUGUAUAACCCUAUAUGAUUAUCAAUCAGUGUAAUGGCACAAAAUAAACCCUGUGAAAGGGAAACCUUAAAAAGCCAUAAUGCUGCUCUGUCUCUCUAUGCAGAGCAAUAACAACUUGGCGAUCUUAUAACUCCAUUGCUCCAAAGUUAGUACAUCUAGCAAUUUCUCAAUAAGUAUGUAUAAAUACAGUGAUUAAACAAAAGGGAAUAAUACAAUAAUCACAGCAAAACUUCUGUUAGUGGUAUUCCACGCAUGCACCUUUUUCAAGCUGUUUUGAGGAGCUACGGAUGGGCUUAGCGCGUCGGCUGACUGCUAUAAGUCAGUCAGCAGUGGCUUUCCCAGAAUUUUGUUCUGACGAUUUUAAGAUAGCGGAUGUGAAAGGGGCUGAGAGAAACUACGCUGGAGAGGAGACUUUGGGGUUAAACAGUUUGUGAACAUUUUCACCACUAAAGGCAAGACAUCGCCAGGGAUCACCUGGCACCAUAACAAGCUCUUUUGUAAGAAGUUAUCAUUCCCAAACUGUUCCUUUAAGAUUCAAGAGCAACUAAGUAUAUAACAUUCUUUUUCCUGGACUUGGCUUCUGCCACCGAAUGUAUGAACUAAGCCGAAUUCCGCUACUUGGCCAAUGCUAAUUAGCCAUUGAGAGUGAUCAUACAUGGUCCUGCUUGUCUUAGUGGAGUUAACAUGAUCUUUCUGCAAGGAGAGUCUGGAAUAAGGCCUGCAGCUUUGUGCAACUGGCAGGACACAGGUAAGUUGUCAAACAGUUUAACAAACUACUCUGGGAAGGUGACAAAGCGUUGGUUUUCAUACCUUCGGAAUUAAAGUGAUUUUUCUCCAAACUAGGAAUUAUUGGGACAAGGGAAUUGGAGAUUUAGGCUAGAGUUUCUAGGUUGGAAAAAGAGCUGAUCUGGAAGAUUUCUUCUAGCUCGGCUGUUUUGAUAUAAAGUGUUUAAUUCCCUUGUCAGUUUUCCACAAUUUCCAGGUUUUUCAAAACCUCUAAGAAUCUUUUCAACAUUUUCUCUGUUUGUUAUGGUUUACAUAAUUCUGCUUCGGAAUUUGUACAUCACCUGAGGACCUUAAUAUUUUAUUUAUUUUUGUGUGCAGAUGCUGAUACAAGAGGUGAAUCAAUUUAAGGUAAGUGUUGCAUCACAAUUUUGUUUGUUGCUGGGAAAAAUGGCUGCUAUCGAUUCAGUUAAUAUUUUUAUUUAAAUAUAUAACAUUUGUGUUUUCUGCAUCAGGAUUUAUCGGUUAUGGUUUUCAAAGUAAAGCUAUUUAGUAGAACUAGAUUAUUGAUCAGAAUGCCUUUAAGAUGAGCUUAAUAAUUAUGUGAAAGUUAGGUAUGAGAUUUUUUUUUUAGUUUUUUUUCUCACCAAACUGUUGCGUUGUAAUAUAAUUUAGUUUGUAUAUUGGACUGUCAAGGCUUGGCAUAUAGUAUACAUUUCCUGGCCUGUUAGAUCAUAUGCACACAACAUGCAAUCAUGGCAUCUUUAGAAACUUGCCUAGUGUGCGUUUUUUUUUGUUUUUUUCCCCACACUUUUUGUUAUGGAACGAAGAUGCCAGAGAACUCCUAUGCGAGGCCUCCUAUGCAGCCCGAUCCUCCACAGCUGAUAUCACUCCCUUUUGCUGGAGGGGUAGCAGUGCUGCCACUGCUGUCUGUAGGUAUCUGAUGCCAAAUUUGCAAAGAAUUCACAUUAGCCAUUUGGAACUUUUUCAGCUGGAUAGUGGAUGAGCCUGGAGGUGGAGUUACUAGAGCAGGGGGAGGGGGGUGAACGCUAUAAAUGUUGCACAUACAGAUGGCAGUUACCAUGACCGCUUCAUCAUUGAAUAUUAUUUUAAUGUGUUCUUUACAUUUAAGAUUUUGCUGUUGUCAAGCACUUAGGAUAUAUAAUUGAGGGUUUAAAGGAACACUAAAGGGUCAGGAACACAAAUGUAUUCCUGACCCUAUAGUGCUAAACCCACCAUUUAAUCCCCCUAUAAAAGUUUAUUACUCACCUUUAUUUCCAGCGUGGCGCGGGUCUGUUGGUGCUGGCUCUGCCCCCUUUGUGACCUCACCAAAAUGGCCAAUUCUUAGCCAAUCUAAUGCUUUGGAUUGGCUAAAAUCGGCACUGGGGUGGGGACAAAUGCAGUUUUUGGCAAUCAGGACCUCUUUGUAGAGAUGCAUUAAAUCAGUGCAUCUCUAUGAGGAAAAUUCAGUGUCUCCAUGCAGAGCAUGGGGACACUGAAUGGCAGUGCUGCUUUUUUGGCAGCACUGACCCAGGAAGCACCUCCAGUGGCCAUCUAAGGAGUGGUCACUUAGAGGUGUCCCUAGAGGCACUGAAAAGGCAGUGUUUGCAUGGAAAAAAAAAAGCUUGAAGGGAACCAUUAAACUCAUCAGAGUAUAUUACAUUAAGCUGUAGUUUUUCUGGUGACUAUAGUGUCCCUUUAACUGUUAUGAGAUGAUUCUGCCAAUCAUUGCCCCCCUCCUCCCUCCCCUUUUGUAUUCUUUCCUGAAGUUCCUUCACCACCAACUUUCCAAAUCUAUUAUGUUGCUAAUGUAUUUCACUUGAUGGGCUAUUAAGAUAAACUGGGAAUUUACCAUCAAGUUUUGCCCAAUCUUAAUAAUAAUUUUUUUUUUUUUUUUUUCUGCUUUUACAUUUCAGCUGCUUCCUAAGAGGGUUGACUGGCUAGGAAACGAACAUGCCCAGACCUUUGAUGAAAUGGUAUGUUUUUGCUUUUAUACAACAAUCUGUACUUCUGAAAAAGCCAUUUAAACCUUCUUGCAGUGCAGGCAUGGGGAGUUCCAGGAGGAGGCAUGUAGAAUCAACAAAUCUGUAUGCAGUAUUAGUAGCCAGGAAAAUGAUGCAUCCAUAUGUUUAAACACAGGACAUGACCGUCAUUGUGUGUGCAUUAUUUUAAAUGAUGCCCUAUCAAAGUAAUGUGAACAAGAAUCUGAAUUUCUGUUUGAAAUCCAUAGGCAGUGACAGCAGGGAGCCCCUCAUUGACCAAAUCCAUGAAUUCGUAAUCUCUCAUUUCUGUCUGGUAAAAUAUGAUAUCCCAAAAAAAAAUUAAGGUAACUAGAUUACAUACAGAGCAAGCUUUGCAGAUGAAGUUACGUAUUAUUAAAAAAAGCUUCUUUGCUCAAGAGAAAUAUAGCCGGUCAAUAUUAAUUAUGACUAUGUUUCAACACAGCUUACCACACCCCUCAAUUUUUUUUAAUCGUAUAGAGACUAGCUUGAAAAGACUGGAUCACUGCUAUUUUUUUUUUUUUUUUCUCAUCUGAUGCCCUAUUGAGGGAAUAGGCCUGCAGUGAGACACACAAGGGCUUUAUCGGCCUACAUGAGUGAAGAGUUGCUAUAAAACAUGCUCUGCUAGAUCCAUGUGUGGAACAGAGACAAUAUUGAAGCACAUUGGAAGGUUGGAACUUGCAUGUAGGGGACUGUUUUGGAGUAGACUUCCAUAUAUCUAGGCUAGAAUUGGCUGCACCAACCGGUAACCAUCCAAAAGUGCAGGCAGGUAUCAAGAUAUCAAAGGUUCGCUGCCCAGGUGACUGUAGUCUCUUGCAGAAGGCUUAAGAGGACCCACUCCCAGCUUGUUGGGCUGAGCUAGCAUUGAACCUGGAACACAGGGCAUAGAAAUCGUGGAGGAAAGCAGACAUGUAUGGGUGUGAUAAGCCCCCGUCUGAGGGGUUGGCAUGGAUUCAGCAGCCAUCUUGAUUGCCUCAAUGUAGGGGGAGGCCGGAUGAAUAAAGGGUCUGCUCCAUGGAGGAUUGGGAUAUUCCCCACUAGUCUAAAAGGUGGGGGGCAGGGAGCUAGGUCCCGUAGGACUAUGCUUCAUUUGGACUGAGGCGGCUGGUUUGCUUCAGUGUAAUGUAAGGGAGAAGCAGUCUUCCCCACACACUGUCAAGGUUAGGGCCUGAUAGAGAAAUCUGCAGUCUUUUAUAUGGAGGGUUCAAAACACAGAGGUCAAUUUUAAGCACCGGAUAUUAUGACACUAGAAAAAGUGUAGAGGUGGGCUACAGAAUUGAUGAAUGGAACAUUUUAGCUAUGAAGAAUGGCUAACAAAUUAAACCUCUUUAGUUUUGAAAAUUGACGCCUCAGAGGGGAUAUGAUAACAUUAUACAAAUAUACCUGGGACCAAUACAAACCAUUAUCUGGAGAUCUAUUCAUUAACAGGACUAUACAUAGGACACAAUGUUGUGCAAUUAGACUGGUAGAAAGAAGAUUUAGUCUAAGGCAAAGGAAAGGUUUUUUUUUUCUUUUACCAUAAGAACAAUAAGGAGGUGGAAUUCUCUGCCUGAAGAAGUAGGUUUAUCAGAGUCUGUACAGAUGUUUAAACAUCAACUAGUUGCAUACUUACAAAUACCUAAUAUUCAAUUUAUAUAAUUUUUCAACUGUAAAGUAAUGGCUCCUUGAUCCAAGGAUAAAUCUGCUAUUCUCGGGUCAAGAAGGAAUGGGUUUUUUCCUUGGAUGCUGCAAAAUUGGAAGUGCUUAAAACUGUUUUUUUUGUUGUUGUGUUUUUUUUAUGCCUUCUUUCUAAUAAACCGCAACAAACAGAUGUGAGGAAGGUUGAACUUGAUGGGCAUGUCUGUUCUCAGCCUAUGUUACUAUGUAGGUCAUUCAGUCAAAUGAGGCACAAACACAUCCGUUGGCUGAUUGCAUCAGCCAGACGUUGAAUGCUUAGGAGAAUACCACUAAUUAUUCACCUGAAAGACGAAAAGUCUCAGGAACUGCACUGCUAUGCAAUCGUCUGGCUUGGCGGCCAGGCCUACCCCAUGUGAAAUUAUAAUAUCGCAUAAAGUUCGCAGUAUCUCUCUUUAGAUCAGAAAACUGGUACUACUGAAUAAACUACACACAGCUGUGUUCCAAGCCUCUAACUUUGCAUACACAUAGCUACUGAUUUGGAGAGGUUGAGAGCUGGAACAGCAUGUACACUGUGUAUGCACAAUUUGGACAGCAAAGGAGGCAGUGCAAUUUGUCAAACCUUUAAAGGGACACUCCAGGCACACAGACCACUUCUGCCAAUUGGAGUGGUCUGGAUGCCAACUCCCACUACCCUUAACCCUGCAAGUGUAAUUAUUGCAGUUUUUGUAAUCUGCAAUAAUUACCUUGCAGGGUUUACGCCUCCUCUAGUGGCUGUCUAUCAGACAGCCACUCGAGGGACUUCUGGGUUCUUAAAACCCAAAAAGUGUUUUAAACGACGCUGGACAUCCUCACGCUAUGCAUGAAGACCUCCAGCGUCGCCGGAAUCCCCAUAGGAAAACAUUGAAUAAUGCGCGCACGGCCAUUGCCACGCAUGUGCAUUAUGUCCUCCCCCGGGAUGAGGAGCCUGGGCGGAGCCUGACCCAGAGCUGAGGGACAUCCGUGCUGGAUUCAGGUAAGUCACUGAAGGGGUUUUUAACCUUCAGCAACAUGGGGUGGGAGGGAGAGGGGUACUGCAGGAACCUGCAGUGCUAGGAAAACUGAUGUUUUCCUGACAUUGGGGAGUCCAUUUAAAGUGUACCGUUUUAAAGUGGAACAAUUAGUGACAUUUGGAAGAAUAUUACUGAUAGGACAAUGUUUGGGACUAUUCCCUAAACCAGGAAUUGUGAAAUGGUGAUAAGAGAAUCCAUUGGCAAUUUUUCCACAGUUGUUAGUUUAGUGCAUAUAACUGAAUUAUGUGGCUGGAAAAUGUUAAUGUUUAAAAAAAAAAAAAAAUUAUAUUGAGCCUAAUAUUGUGUUUUUUGGGUUUUUUUUUUUUUUUUUCUUCUCCACCAGGUUUCUCUUCACAGCCAUGUGACGCCAGACCAUUUACUAAGAAUGUGCCAGCAUCUUGUAUCUGUCCUUGACAAGGAAAUGCCACCCAAUCUACGGAAGACCUAUUCGUUACUAGCUGUCGGCAAGCAUUCUCUAUUGCGUAAAGAAAAAGGUACCCUUAUAGACUGCUUGGGUUUCUCGAACUAUGGGAUUGUUCUUGUAAGGCCACCACAAGCCCUCCGACUCUAUUUAGCGUUGAGUGUGCAGUGUCUUUCAUCGCCCUCUUCCUGUCUUAUGCCAAACCUCUUCAGUUAUUUGGAGGAUACAAAGGUUUCCUGCAGCUCGAUGUGGAAGUCAAUGAUUGCAUUAGCCGUCCAUCAUUGGACAGUUGUGAUAAGCUUAGAAGUGGGCUAGCCCUUCUCUUGAUGUCCAUCAUUGCUGGGAGAGAACAUGGCUCUAAAUUAAGAGUGUUUGAAACCAACUUUGGAGGCAGCACAUAUUCUUUGCAUCAUAAUCAUGAGCUGUAAGUUUGUUGCUGAUGGUUUCCAUUAAUGUUUUGUGAGUAAAGUUUAACUAUACAAUUUAUAGAAAACAUUAACGAUUCAAAAUUAAUUUAACUGGUUCUCCAACUUUGUACAGGAACCUUACAACUGUUGUGACAGAAUGAUGAACAGUACCCUAGCACAAAGUUGUUGUCCUCAGGGAAUUUUCCAUUCUGUCAUAUGUCUCCCGUUCCAUGUGCAUUCUAAAAACUCUGUUGCCCAUUCUUUGACCAAAGUUUCACUUAACUUUAUUGCUAAAAUUUUUGUAUGCCUGUAAUAAAGUGCCAUUAAUGAAAAAUACAAGAGUUUAUUUACUAAACUUGUAUUUCUGGAGAAUCCAUAACAGAAUGGUGAAUUUUAUGCCAAAUAUGAAAAGGAAACUUUCUCCAAAUCUAACUUCUGAGCGUGUAUUGUAGUUUAAUUUUGAGUUCCCCAUCAUGAUUUUUCAGUUUAAGCACAGUUUGCAGACUCUCCUGACAGUCCUCUGCCUCCCACAGAUACUUUGUCUAUACACCCUAUCAAAUGUCGGCAGGCUAUAUGUAUACUAAACACGUCCUUCCUAGGACCUCCAAGGAAUUUAGGCUCUUGGUAUCUCUUUUCAGUGAGGCAAGGGUCUGAAUGAGUGACUCCUAUGAUCGGUGCCUCCGUACUUUGAGAAGUGGUCUUGAUUUUAUUUUUUUUCUUACUUGAAACGUUUCAAAAAUGGCCUCCUCCUGCUUUGAGCAUAUAGUGCCUUUCUGGGAGAGUUGCUUGUUGAAGAGUAAGACUUUCUGUUUAACGCUGUUCUAGAGAAUAUUAGGUGUUCGGGCCUGCAUUCUAACACGACCUGACAAACUAAAAUAUAUACUUUAUAUAGUCCAGUAUAUCUCUAGUCAGAUUUUGUGUUAUUAAUUAUUGAGACGACGACUCCUGCAUUUUAUUUUUCGUUGGAUUUUAAUUACUUUGAGUCCAGUAUAGGAUAGGGUUGGGAAAUUUCAAAUUGUAUAAUUAGUGGAACUGUUGCCAUCAGUUUUUUUUUUUUAAAAGCGAAUGUCCACCUUAGUGUAGGUAUAGAUUUAAUUGAUUCAGUAUGCUGGUGAACCCAGCAAAUAUAUAGAUUACAAUAUAUCAUUACCUGCAGAUUUCUUCCUAUUCACUUAUGGUGAUGUCCCGGAAGGAAUAGGGUGUUGCUUACUCGUCUGUACUACUCCCAAUUGAUAUGCUGUGCAUCCAACAAUUCUUGAUUUCGGUCUCCUAUUUUUGUAGUCUUUACUACAAUGCCAGUCACACAGUGGCAAAGGCAGGGACUAUACGUAUAUUUAAUUCCAUUUGUACAAUUCGUAGUACAUUGAUGAGCGCAAUGUUUAGGUAAAAAUUUACUUAGAAAAUUGACCAAGGCAUGUUGGUUAUGACAUUUGCAACUUCAUUUUAAAGUAGGUGUGCAUUUGACUAGGUCAUAACUACAAUAGUCUGUCUAUUUCCACAUGUGUCUCUGUUAAAUAGAAAUGGCAUUCUGUCAGCAUGACGGGGACAUGCUUAAUGCAAACAUUCUAUAUUUGUAAAUGCGUGGCCCCUCUACCUGAACAUGUUUGGUUGUUUUUUCCUCAGCUCUUGUAAAUGUUGCAGGUUACUACCAUAUUUGUCACUUUGAUUAUAAAUCUUUAAAGGUGCAGUACAAUAAACUCUACAUGACAUUGUAUUGGCUAUGGUACUUUGAGGCUCCCACCACGGCCUGUCAUUCAACUCACCUAGUACUCAUGUGGAAUUUCCACGUCUGCAUUUGCUGUAUCUAUUUUAUCCAUAUCACAGUUAUGAGCAGAGCAUAUUGGUUAAUGUGCUCAAAAAAUAUUUAAAACAGAACCAGAGUAUUUUUAUAUUUUUAUAUAUAUAUAUAUAUAUAUAUAUAUAUCUAUAUAUCUAUAUAUAUCUCUAUCUAUCUUGCAACCAAUAAGACAGCAUAGUGGUUAUGGUGCAUAGACUGCACCUUUACCUAAUGUAACAUUUUCACAGACAUCUUCUGUUAGGUGCCAACAGUGUUCAUUUAAAAACUGUGUGUUUAAGACUACCCAGCUCUGUAUUAAGACUAAUGGAAUCUAAAUAAUUCAGAUUGCAGGAAUGUCCUGUGGAACCGUAAGACGUUUGCUGCUCUGCACAGAGGAAGACCACCAGAAAUCCCUCUCACUAUGAAAUGGCCACCAAACACUGGUAACUAUGCAGAAUAGUAUUCUUAUUAACUUAAAAUGUACUCAUUUGUGUCGGGUACUCCCCUAACAAAUUUUGUUUGACGUUAUUUCUUGUGCUUGACAGUGGAGGUGCACCUUGGAAAACACUUGACUGGUUCUGUUAGCUUUAAUCCAGCCUUUCCUGUGACUAUGUACCAGCAUAUCAAAAUGAAGAAGAGAAUUCUUGGCCAUCUCUCCUCUGUUUACUGUGUUGCCUUUGACCGCACAGGUCAAAGAAUUUUUACGGUAUGUAAGUUGAGAUUAAAUUGUAUGAGUGUCUUCUCUUGCAAGGCUGCCUCAUUAGGAGGCACAGACUGCAUUCUUUUUCCUGUCUCAAACAGCUGGUUGUAUCACAUUUUACUCCCAUCUCAGCAGUGUCCAACUUCCACCUUCCAAAUGCUGCAGGAUGACAUUUACCAUAAUAACGGGCAGAAACGUUUGUACAAAUGCGGGCAGUGUCAUACAAAAGCAAACGGAAGCACGCCUCUAUCCGAAGCUGUGCAAAUGUGAUUAACUGUUCUUGAUGUCAGUGAGAACACUUGUAAAGAAAACAUGCUUAGUAGCAUUACACAAAUGCAUAGUUGCCCAAUCUCUUAAUUGGGGCAGGUAGACCUAAAAUUGCAAUAAAAAAGGCAGAAAACCGGUCCCCUCAGAGAAGCUAGCAGUACAAUGUCUAAACAAAACCACUGAUGAUGAUCAUUCCCAAACUCGUUUUAACUGAGCAAUGUAAUCAAGGAGUAAUUCUUUGGGGUUUUUUCGAAGAAGGAAACCAGAUGGCCACUUCAGGUCUAUCCUAGAUCUAAAAAUGUUUCAUUAUUUAUAGUAAAUAAGAGACUUUUAAUGAAAUCAGUACAUCAAGCUGUUUAGAUCUCUCCAGUCGGAGUACACUCACAAUAUGUGAAAAUGUAGUGAAAAUUAAAGCUUUUCUUUGGAUUUGCAAAUCUGAUAAACACAAACGAAUUCCGAAGUAAAUUGUUACAAAUGUGUUCCUUUCAGGAUUUUAUGGGAAAUGUAGUACAGCUCCAGCUGUCUGGUAUGAUGGGGGUGGAACAGCUGAAUAGGCUGAUAGCCUAUUACUUACAAUAGUGGUCUGCUUCUUGGUAGAAACUUUCUGUUUGCUGCUCAUUUAACCAAUGUAAUCGUUUUAUAUGGAAGUCCAUAUGAACGGUUUUGGAGUUGGGGUAAAAUAAAUUAAUUUACGGUAUCAGAUUAGUAUUUCUUUUUUUAAUUCUUUAUUUUUCAGUGCAAGGUGUUACAUAUGAGCUUACAUUGCCACAACUGCUUUAGUAAACAUUGUAUUGUCAUGAAGUAUAAAACAGUAAUAUGGCAAGCAAUGAGAUUGCACAAUUUUUAUACGUAUAACAGGAGAAGCCUAGUGUACAUAUCAGGUCGCGACCUAGUGCUUGUGGCACUCAGAGAUAUGAUAGCAGGAUGUUCGUGGGUGGUUGGGCAUAUAUGCUCCGCUUCUAGGGCUUUCGCUGGGCGGCCAUCCUUGCUGCGCCCCAGUGGCUUGGUGCCUCUGUAGUUAGCUCAGUCAUUAUAUUUGCAGUCUGUCUUGGCCAGUUUGUCCAGUGGGGACCGGGAUAAUGCCCACCGACGUGGGCAGUGCACCCUGUGAGGUCCUUGGGUUGUAUAUCCGCAGCUUUUGCCGCAAUUUCUGCCCACCAGACAGGAGCUCGCGUUCCACAUGUCUGCAUGGCUAGGUGGUCAGGCUCUGCUCCAGAUUAGUAUUUUUUGUUAACUUGUUUUUUUUAUAUAUAUUAUAUACGUGCACAUUCUGAUAUCACUGGCAACUGUUUUCAGGGUGCUGAUGACUGCUUGCUGAAGAUCUGGUCCUCACUGGAUGGGCGUUUGCUAGCUACUUUACGUGGUCAUUCAGCAGAGAUUUCCGAACUUACUGUGAAUUAUGAGAAUACCCUGAUCGCAACAACAAGCUGUGAAAAACUGAUCAGAGUUUGGUCUCUCAGGACAUGUGCACCUGUUGCUGUACUUCAGGGUCACUCGGUUUGUGUCAACUCAUUGAUUGUAAGUAUAUAUUAUUGCAUUUUCUUGAGGUUUUCUUUUUCAGCACAGGUGUCAACUGAUUUGGUUAUAUUAAUGAUCCUUUAAUUUUUUUUUAAAAAUUAAAGAAAAUAUGUACGUAUAUUUUUUUUCAAGACAAAUGUUUUGCACUAUCAUGUCUGAUAUUUAGAUCUGUUUCUGAACCUGAAUAGUAGGCACUAAGGCCUCAUUUUAAUUUGAUUUGAAUAAUUUCUGAAUUAAGUUAAAAAUAAGUUGUCUACAAAACUCCCAGAUUUUUAUUGUGGAUAAAUCCAUUUGAAAGGCUAUUUUUUUUUUUAGCCUAGGAUCAAUAAGCUUAUUACCCCACAUUUGAAAAAUUAUCAUUGAAUAUUACGUUUUUGCAAGUAUGCAAUUAGUUGCUGUUUAAACAUCUGUACAGACUCUGAUAAAACUACUUCGUCAGGCAGAGAAUUUACCUUAUUAUGGUAGAAAAAACCCCACUUUCCUUUGCCUUAGAUUAAAUCGUCUUUCUUCCAGUCUAAAUCUAUGACUUCAUAUCCUAUGUAAAGUCCUGUUUGUGAUAGAUUUUCAGACAAUAUUUCGUAUUUGCCUCAGAUAUAUUUGUGUAAUGUUAUCAUAUCCCCUCUGAGGCGCCAUUUUUCUAAAAUAAAGAGGUUUAAUUUGUUAACUUAUCUUCAGAGCUAAACUGAUUCAUUCCUUUUAUUCAUUUUUUAGCCCUUCUCUGCACUUUUUCUAGUGCCAUAAUAUCAUUCUUUAGAACAGGUGCCCAAAAUUGCACAGCAUAUUCAAGAUGUAGUUUUACCAGUGACUUAUAAAGCGGCAAAAUGAUAUUCUCGUCCCAAGAAUUAAUGCCCCUAUUUAUAUACAUGGUAAUAAUUGCUGGCAUUAGCAACUGCUGAUUGACAUUGCACGUUGUUAUCCCAUUUGUACCUUUUCCCUUCUUAUCAGAUAACUGCUGCCUUCUGUGUGAGGCCCUCUGUCUCCUGAUAAACCGUUAUAUCGUGUCUGACUGUGCAUUAUUGUGGUGGUUGUUCAGAAACUAUAGAGCUAUAUGUUGGUUACCACCAAUCUACAAAAUAUUUUAUUAAAGGGGUGAUGUCACGUGUGUGUGUGUGUGUGUGUGUGUGUAUAUAUAUAUAAUAUAUAAAUUUUUUUUUUUUUUUUUUUCAAUAUCACGUUUAAAUACCUCCUUGAUUUAGUAAAUAUGCUUUUGAGAGUUCUGGUAAAUUAAAUAUAGAAUUCCACAUUGUGGAUUUCCGUCUAUCCUGAGACUGAGUAUCACCAUAUUGGUCUUUUGCCAUCAAUUUCUUAAAUAUUCAAUAUAUGUUUCAAAAGAAAACCGAGCAUCACUGGGAAAGGUAGCUCAUAUUAUAGGUGCUCAAUGUUAACUUCAUUCCAGACGCAUAGCUCCACUGUUACAAACUAACAGAUCUGAUCAUUUUACUUUUUGGUCAUAUCUUUUUCAGUUCAGUCCAUUUGUCAGAGGAUCUACAAGAUACUUGAUAUCUACUGGAGGUGAUGCAACAGUUUGCUUGUGGCAAUGGGAUGCGGACACACUGCAGUUUAAGUGUGUAUCUUAAUUUAAGAAAAUUCUAAGUUUAAGAGAGAAAAAAAUGAGCAACUUGUAAAUAUUUACUUUACUUUUCCCCCCUCCUAAUUCAGGGAUCGUCCUCUGAAGUUUGUUGAAAAAUCUGGGCCCUCAGCCAAAAUACUUUGUUGUUCCUGUAGUGCUGGUAAGUACCAAUGGAAAGCACCUGAUUUGAGUUUUUGGGUUGUAAAUCUGUUUCAGCUACACCCCUUUGCUUCUUCCAGGUGGCAUGUUUUUGGCAGCUGGCGCUAGUGAUCAUGCAAUUAGGAUGUAUUAUUUUGGCCGUGAAACACCUGAGAAGAUGUCUGAGCUUGAAGGCCACUCUGUAAGUAGUUGUAAUAUAUAUAUAUAUAUAUAUAUAUAUAUAUAUAUAUAUAUAUAUAUAUAUAUAUAUAUAUAUAUAUAUAUAUAUAUAUAUAUAUAUAUAUAUUUUGUAUAAAAUUGGGCCUUGCAAAUAAAAAAUAAAUAAAUCUGAAGCAUACUUCUAAUAAGCUCAAGCGAUUAGGAACCGGAUUACUUAAUGUGUCCGAACAUUUUUAAUGUCUAACUACUGUUUUUUUUUUUUUUUUCUUCAUUCUUUUUCAAUUCUACCAUUUAAAAAUAUAACUGUCCGUACCGAACGUACUGCACUUGAUCUACCUUUUGCUUACUUUAUUAUUUACAAGUAUAUGUAAAAAAAAAAAAUAUAUAAACUUGUAAUACCUUUUUUAAACAGAAAUUUGUAAUGACAAGCUUUCGAGAAAACCUUUCUUUAAUAGAAGUGUGUGUCCUUAUACCUGCUGCACUUAUUGUACCUCCCUCUACUGUAAUGUAACCUGUAAAGUGUCAAGUACACUUUUAGUGCUGUGUAAAUAAAUUAUAUAUAUCUCACAAAAUAAAAAUGUGUAUAUAUUAUUUCACUUUAAUAUUUUUAUUCUCUUUUAGGGCAUAAUCGAUAGCAUUCAGUUCUCAAACCACAGUGAAAGGUGUGUAAAAUGUUAAUUGAAGUUUGUAAAAAAAAAAUAAAAUAAUAUAUAUAUUUUUUUUAACUGUGGCUUAUGUGGCCGUUGCUCAAUUGAAAAUAAUCCUGAACGCCAAAAGGGCCUCAAUUGGUCCGCUCCGUGGAAGAAAAAUCUAAUCUAUGAAGCGGAGCCAUAGUUUGACAAAACAAAGAGGGUGAGUGUAGACAAAGUCCUCCUCAAAGCAAGCCAUCGCAGUGCUCUGUAGUUGUUUAUACUAGCUAUCCUUGUACAUAAAAUAGUUCUCAUGCAGGACCUACUUAAGGAGAUUAGUGGCAAAUCCACGUUGUCUCAUCAAUAUCCAUUUGCAACAUAUGUCUUGUGACAGCCUGGACACACCCAUUAUGAAGGAUGGAGGUGUACAUGCUACUCACAUCCAUCAUGCACAAAAGGACACAGUUCAUCAAAAUUACGUAAUUUAGUUAGGAAAUCUAUGGAAUCCUUGAUAAAAGAUCGAGUACCAAGUACACAGGGUUGUAUUAAGGAGUCCAACAAGGGUUGGAAAACUGAUUCCGUGCCGGCAACAAUCGGUCGACCUGGGUGGCUUGUUCAAAUCCUUGUGGAUCUUUGGUAAUAUAUAAAACAAGGUAACAACAGGCUUCUCUUUGAUUAGGAAUUUCCUCAGAUCUUUGUCAAUUAUUCCCUGUUUAAAUGCAUCCUCCACAACAUCAAUAAUACCUUGUGCAAUUUCAUCAGUAGGAUUCCUGAGCAAUUUAUAAUAUGUCUGAGUGUCCGAAAGUUAUGACCUCCAAGUCAUUUUUAGUUGUGUCCAUGACCAUCAGGGCCCCACCUUUGUUGGCCAGCUUGAUGGUCAGGGACGUAUCCUUCUGCAGUUCACUAAAGGCUCUGCCCUGGUGAGAUUGAAUUGUUUGCCACUUUUUGUCCAGUUUAAUCUGUUUAUGUCCCUUUCGAUCAAUUUGACAUAAACUUCCACCACUUUACAUCUGGUUCUAUCGACUGGACAGGAGCUUUCCACUUCAUAGGGAGGUAAAGACACUGGACUACAAUGAAAACUUCUGUAAUUCAAUAUCCAAUGUUAGUUUAUUACAAUCAAAAACCUCCACAAAACCCACACCUUUCUGCAGUACUUGUUCCUGGGCAGGUGAUAGAACCUUAGAUGAGAUGUUAAUGUUUCUGUUGGUGAGUGCGUCCCGGAUAUCUCCGUGAGGGUGGUCAUUGCUACGAGGCCCACUUUGACACGUUGUCCGAAGUAUUUAAUUGCCUGACUUAUAAAUGCCAUCUAAUAAUGUAAUUUAGUCUUGCUGAAACAGCUGAUCUGUGAUGUUUGUAAGCAAUUUAGCAAUACCAAUAAGACAUGGCGUUCAAGCAUAAACGCUGCACAUACAGAUUCCUUCUGCAUGACCACUUCAAAUCAGUGAAGUGGUCAUGGUGGUUGGAGUAACCCUUUAAGAGGGGGUACCCUUAAAUGUACUCUUGAGAUUGUAGGCAUGCAAGAAAAAGUCCACACUGGUAUUGUUUUAAUGUUUGAUUUUCCUUAAAGGGACACUCCAGAGCCCUAAAACAUUUUAGCUUCCUGAAGAGCUUUGUUUGAAGACUUUUUUUAUUUUUUUUUCAGUUUUUUCUUCUCAUUUUACAAAAAAGGCUGAUUUCAAUAGAUAUCUACCUUUUUUUUUUUUAUUAUUAUUCAUAAAUCCUGUUACACCCCCAUGGCUGCCAGUCAGACAGAUCCUGUUACUUCCUGGUUUGGUUAGCUCAGUGGAGCUAAACUCAAGAUGCAGCAGUUGCUCAGAGCAACAGUCUUACGAAAAACUUCUCAUUGAGCUGCAUUGGUAAGUCUUUGGGUAGCGAGAAGUCUGGGUGGAGUUAGAAGAGGGGGGCUUGCAAAGACUUCAAACAAGAGGCUACUGCUUUUGCUAGCUGCUUUUAGAUAAACCACCAAUGAAAAAAAUGCCUUAUUAAAUGUUGCCUAUAUAUUUAGAAUAAAAUGUCACAAAAGUCCCUGUUGUUGCAAUGGACAAGUGUCUCAAUACUUUUGUCCAUGUAGUGUAUGUCUCUUGCAAAAUGUUUGCACUUCAGACUUUUUUCAGAACUGUUCUAUCUUUUUCGCAAAACCUAUUCCAGUAAAACAUUAAAGGGAAACAAUAGGCACCCAGACCAUUUCAGCUCAUUGAAAUGGUCUGGGUGCAGUUCCCCUGUUCCCUUAACCCUGUAAUUGUAAUUAUUGCGGUCAUUGAGACACUGCAAUCAUUACCUUGCAAGGUUAACCCCACCUGUAGCUGUUUACCAGACAGGCACUAGUGGUGCCUCCGUGUCCUGAGCAGACUUCUGGUCCGCUAAAUGACGCUGGACAUCCUCACGCUCUGCAUGAGGACAUCUACCAUCAGCUAACACCCCAUUGGAAAGCAUUGAUACAAUGUUUUACUCUGAGGAAGUCCUAAUGUGAUCGCGCAAGGGACAUCAGCGCUUAAAUCAGAGAAAUAAAUUAUUUAAAAACAAUGAGUUGGCUCACAAAACUGGUAGCUCUCAAAUUAAAGAGCAGAGUGUUAAUAGAACUUAUUUGUUAAAAUGUUACUUUGCAGAAUGUUCAUACAGAUAAGCGUAUUAGUCCUGAUGUAUAUGAAGCACUCUCUUUAUGAUUCCAAAGUCCUACAGUCCACACCAUAAAUAUAGUAGACUCUUCUAGGUUCUUCAGGAGUUCUGGGGUUAUAAUUCAAAUAGCCAUUUAGAGGUAUAAGAGCUUAAAAUGGUAUAAUAACGUUGGGUGAGAAACCACCAUAUCCACCCUAUGUGGUGCUCUCACCUUAUUACAGUGCACUUGCACUUGAUCUGUACCGGGUCCCAAUUGGUAUCUGGGAGACAAAGCACAUAUAUACUCCAAUAAUGUAACACUUUGUAUAGGGGUUAACACUCCCCCUAUGUAUCCUGCUCACCUGGUGCAGGGACUUGAACUGGUCCCACAGUAUAUCUCACUGUAUAGAUAGUGUGUCUCCAAUAGUAUACUACACUUUAUUAGUUUCUAUGAAACCAAGAGAUGUAUCCCUUUAAAUCCAGGUCAAAUUGCUGCUAUAUGGCUGGAAAAUUAAGUUAUUUAUGUCACAUUGAUUUAUAGGUUUGUUCUACUUUAUUGUAUUUAUUGUAACAUUCAUAGAUUUAUUCUUAUGUUGAAGUAUGUUAAUUUUUUAAGUAAACCAAUUUGCCAUAUACCACUCCUAAGAUGUGGGAAGAAUGCUCAUAAAUUACCAGAACUAAACACAUUGUGGAUUAUCUGCAGCUGUAACGCUGCAAAUUACUCCUCAUCACGGUAGUACUUAAUAGAGAUCGGCACCAACAGAUUUUGAGAAAGCCAAGCCAGGCCAAACGUGUAAGUCGCGUGGUGCCGACAUUACAUACCUGUGUUCAGGGGAGAGGAAGGUCUAGCAGCUUUGGUGGACCUGUCAGCAAUCAUUCAAAACUACCCCAUGAACUGUGAGCCAGUUUAACAGAUUUCGCUGUUACUAUAUUUUGUUUUAUUUUACUUUAAUUUUCUUAGAAACUAACAAAGUGUAGUAUAUUAUUGGAGAUUCACUCUUUGUCUAUACAGUGAGAUAUACUUUGGGACCAGUUCAAGUCCCUGCACCAGGUGAGCAGGAUACAUAGGGGGAGUGUUAACCCCUAUACAAACAGUGUUACACUAUUGGGAGUACAGAUCAAAUGCAAGUGCACUGUAAUAAGGUGAGAGCUCCACAUAGGGUGUGUAUCGUGGAGGUUUCUCACCCAACGUUAUUACACCAUUUUAAGCUCUAAUCUCUAUAGAUGGCUAUUUGAAUCAUAACCCCAGAACUCCUGAAGAACCUAGAAGGGGCUACUACAUUUAUGGUGUACUAUGACUUUGGAAUCAUAAAGAGAGGGCUUCAUAUACAUCAGGACAAUACUCGUAUCUGUAUGAACAUUCUGCAGAGUAACAUUUUACAAAUAAGUUCUAUUAACAUUUUGCUCUUUAAUUUGAGAGCUUCUACCAGUUUUGUGCGCUUAAUCAUUGUGUUAAAAUUAUAACUCAUUAUAUAUGUUAAAACUUUAAAGGGAAAGCGCCUCAGAUAUUUAUUAUAGAUAAGUGAGUUUAUUAAUUUUUCUACACCCCUUACAGCGGGCCGUGGGGGAGGGGGAGUUAUUAAAGUGCUAGGUAUACAACUUUUUGUUCCUAGCGCUAUAGUUUCCCUUUAACAUUUGAUAAGUUGGUGCAGUAAGAAAACAGUCAACCUUGUAGACUAUGGCUUUGGUUUGUUUCAUUUUUGUUUUUAACUUUUUCUCUCUCCAAGGUUUCUGAGUGGCAGCAAAGAUGGUACUGUUCGAAUCUGGUAUCUGCAAAAGCAGGAAUGGAAUAGUCUCUUGCUUGACAUGGCCCAACUGCUGAAUGAAAGGUAGCUAUGUGUACCUUCUAGCUUACUUUAACUUAAUGUGUUGAAGGUCCCAUAAGGAAUCAAACCAGCCAUAUUUGUGUUGUUUCUUUUGACUGUAUGAGUACUUUUUUUUUUUUUGGCAGGAUUCUAGUCUUUUUUAGAGUGUAGUUUGUAAAUCUCACUAUGCAAUCUAAUUUAAAGUACCUUGCUUCUUAAACCACAUCUAAAUUGUCACUCUAAGAACCAUAACAACUCUGCAUCAUUGCAAAGAAAGUUCUUGGAGCACCAAAGCUUACUCUCCACUCUAAGAGUGGCUCUGAACUGCAGCUGUAAUACAUCACUUUAUAUAUAACUGUCAGAAAUUAGUAUUGCGGGGGCCUUCCCGAUCUAAAUGUUUUUUUUUUGACCAGUUUGUGCAAGCGACAUGUACCUUGGGCUUAACUCUCUCCCCUGCCAGGAGAGCCAAGCCAUAAACCGCGCAUGUACAGAUCUAAGAAUGGCGGAUUGGUGCACAUUGAUAUGCUAUAUCCAUGUCAACCACCAGAGAAGUUGCUUAUAUACUAAAUGAUGAGUGAAACUGCUACUGGUCACUUCCUGGUUAGGGAGGAGUUUGCCUCAAGCUCCAUGUAGAUCCAGUAAACUGUGCAUUUGAUCACAAAAACGCACUUGUCUACCCAGUGCUGUGUAAGGAUUAAUAACAUGUUCAGCAUGCUACGAAGGUUCUCAGGGUUGGCUCAGUCUAAUUUGCACAGUGCUGAAGUUGAAAUUCCUGGGUGUAGGGAAACGGAAAGUUUUUUUUUUUUUUUUUUUUUUCUUGCCCAUUAGUGAUGUCCCGAACGGUUUGCUGCGGACUCAUCAUUGAGUAAACUUUGACCCUGUACCUCACAGUCAGCAGACACAUUCCAGCCGAUCAGCAGCAGACCCUCCCACCUCCUGGACAGCUCACUAAGAAUGCAGCUUCACAAUGGAUGCUGUCUGGGAGGGAGGGUCUGCUGCUGAUCGGCUGGAAUGUGUCUGCUGACUGUGAGGUACAGGGUCAAAGUUUACUCAAUGAUGAGUCUGUGGCGAACAGUUCGGGACAUCACUAUUGCCCAUAUAUAACCUUGGGUCGCAGGUUCUAAUCCCGGCAGGGCUGACUCAGGCCUUCAUCUUUCCGAGGUAGAUAAAAUGAGCACCAUUAAAUUAGGUAAUAGUAACAACCCCUGGAUGUUGGGCUAAGGUAACAUCCCCAGGACGUUCUUGAAAACCAGAGUAAUCUGAAUGUACCUUUGCUGGUUACAUUUAUUAAUAAUAAUAUAAUUAUUAUUAUUAUUAUUUUGUGUAAUUUCGUUAUCUAUGGUUAACUUCAGCCAAUAUUGAUUUUAGUUGCAUUUUAUUGUUGGGACUACUAUUCCCAAUAACGGUGCAAAAUAAUGGUUCACUGUAUGAAUGUAUUGUUGGAAUAUAUUUUUGUUGUCUGGUUUGCAUUGAUAUUCAGAUCCUCCUUAAAGCUUUUGGUGCUUUAACCCUGUAUUGUCAUGCUGAUAAGUAAUAUACAAAGUACUGGCUAUAGUGUACGAUAAAAAUGGUGGUCAUUUCUAUCCAGCUCUGCUUACGUGGAAGACCGAUACUCUAAGCCAAAGGUUUUAAUGCUCACAUGGAAUAUCUCAGACAGCCUUGUUGUCACUGCCACCAGUUCUUAUCUGCUGAAGGUCUGGGACUCUCACAGUGGAAAACUGCUGCAUAUUCUGCCGGUAAGUUACGGGUGCGUACACAAACUGCACAGGUGAUGGUUUUAUAAAAAUAUUGUUUCAAGAACCGUGGGGAGAGACAAACACCCUGAAUACAAUGGAAUCAGCUGGUAUAUACCAUUUUCUGGAUUUUGAUAGUGGUAACCCACUGUUCGUUAUGUUUAUAAAUCUAUAUUCCUAUAUUAUUGCUACACUAGAUUUUCACUUUGCACAAAUAGCACUGUAGCCAUACUGUGAACAUUGAUCAUUUUAGACCCAUUCACAAGUUGUGUAUGUUUAGUUUAGGGUUUAACAGAUUGCAGACAGAUGGAAUAGGAACAUAAUGUUCUUUAGCCUUCAAGCAUAUUUGUUCCAGCAGGAAACACAAUUGUUAAGUUAUAGUGACAGUCUUUGCUAUGCAGAUCUACUUAAAGGGGCAUUUCAGGCACCCACAUUUUGGUUGCUGUAUAUAUGUGUGUUUUCUCCAUAGGUCUUCUCAAUAAGCCCAACAUUUCUGCCUCUCCUAUCCCGAUUUGCACAGUUUAUUUUUGCUGUAAUAUUACAGCUGUCCUGGAUAUCGUGGUUUAGCAUUUUGGGAAUGGUAGUUUGACUUUCAGCAGUAGAACUACAUGGAAAGCCUCAACUCCCAGAACAUUGCAAGCCUGCUGUGUUGGAGUUUAUGGAAUAAGCUUAGCCUUUCUAUAACAUUUUGAGCAUCAUAAUUGAAUCACUUUCUGGCCCAAUUUGCAUGCAAAGAGAAACUCAUCAAGAACCACUUUUAAUAAGAUAUUAGCUUUUUUUCUGCAGGAAGUGCUUCAAAGGGAAGAAAAACCUCUGGUUGUAUUUAUGUACUCUUAAGUAAUCUAAAAAUGUUUGAUUUGUCUCCAUUUAGGGUCAUGAAAAUGACAUUUAUGUUCUGGAACCUCAUCCAUUUGAUUACAGGAUCAUGUUAUCUGCAGGAUACGAUGGCAAGAUUUCUAUAUGGGAUGUUACAAAGGGUGUAAGAAUAAAGAGCUAUUUUAAUGCGGUAAGAGCAUUUUGUUUGAAUACUUUAAAUCCUCCCCCUCCACUUUAUGUAUACCCACUGGGGGGUAUAUUGUAACUUUUCAUGAAACCCUAAAGCUUGUUAAUCUGUAUCGAUGUCAGUCUAAUUCUAACCCAAGUUCUACUUCUAAUUCCAACUUUUCUCUAGGACAUAAGGCACAAAGAUCUCUGUGAGAUCGAAUUGGUGAUCUGAUUGUUUCACUGCAAAUUAAAUUAAAUGGACUCCAGCACCACAGCUCAGUAGCUCUGUAGUGGUUUUGGGGCAUGUGAUGUGUCCCUGCAGGGCUAGCAGUGUAAAUGCUGCCUUUUUAGAGAAAAGACAAUGUUCACACUGCUAAGUCCACCUCUAGUGGCUAUCACUCAGGAGGGACUUCUUGGCCGUCCAGAAAUCUCUGCAGGGCCUACAUUCACAGGCGCUAAAUGCUCCCCAUAGUGAAGCAUUGAUUCCAUAUAUCUCUGUGAGAAGUUGAUUGGUCAACGCAGCCAUUUGCCACACCUGUGCACUAGCACCCCCAAUGCCUUCCUGUGGGAAAGUAUUGGAUUGUCUGAGACCAUGAAGAUUGAUCUCAGCCAAGGAGACGAGACCAGCACCGCAGGGAUUGGUGCCGCGAGUACUACAAGGUGGUGAGCAUUGUCUACUGCUCUACCAUAAAUUUCAAUUGAUGGUUUUGACACGCAGGACCAUGAAAUAUUAAUAUAAGCGAAUACUAUUUUAAAUUGACUUAUUAGUCUAGAUUGGAACUCUGCAUUGUGAACAAUUCUCGUGCAAUUAACCUUUUCCUUCUAUUCUAGAUUGAAGGCCAGGGACACGGGGCCAUUUUGGACUGUAAAUUGUCUGCUGACGGACAACACAUAGCCAGUACAGAUUCCCAUGGACAUCUGCUGAUAUUUGGAUUUGGUUGCACUAAAAGAUAUGAAAAGGUCUGUCUUGUUAUAAUUUUAACCAGAGAUUGUCCCUUUAUUUUGUAUGUUAGGGUUUUAUUUUUAUAUUGUGUUGUGCCAGUAACUGCAGCAGUUAUAAAUAAAAUGGUUAUCUUACUUGCUGUAGAGUGUAGUAAAGAAGUGUGCGUUUUUUUUCUUUCCUUUCAUUUCAAGGUAAUAUCCACUUUGAUUUCAUAUCAUGGGAGCAUUAAAGGACCACUAUAGUGCCAGGAAAACAUACUCGUUUUCCUGGCACUCUAGUGCCCUGAGGGUGCCCCCACCCUCAGGGACCCCCUCCCGCCCGGCUCUGGAAGGGGGAAAAGGGUUAAAAACUUAACUUUUUCCAGCGCUGGGCGGAGAGCUCUCCUCCUCCGUUCCUCCUCCUGGGCUGAAUGCGCACGCGCGGCAAGAGCGGCGCGCGCAUUCAGCCCGUCACAUAGGAAAGCAUACAUAAUGCUUUCCUAUGGACGCUUGCGUGCUCUCACUGUGAAAAUCGCAGUGAGAAGCACGCAAGCGCCUCUAGUGGCUGUCAAUGAGACAGCCACUAGAGGAUUAGGGGGAAGGCUUAACCCAUUCAUAAACAUAGCAGUUUCUCUGAAACUGCUAUGUUUAUAAAAAAAUGGGUUAACCCUAGCUGGACCUGGCACCCAGACCACUUCAUUAAGCUGAAGUGGUCUGGGUGCCUAGAGUGGUCCUUUAACUGAUAAGUUGCUUCUCAAAAUGGGAGAAACCAAUAAAAACACAAAUUCAAAAUUUGCAUAUGACCGCUUCGCCCAAUAAACUUUCCUGUCCUUUAUUGCAAUAGGCUGUAGCAUCCUUUUUGCUUACCAUGACAAGUUUUGAAAAGGCUUUCUCGGGAAUUACUUGGCCUCUUUUCCUAAGGAUUGAUGACACACAACACACAAAAUUGAAGUGGUAAUGGUGCCUGGAAAUCUUCAGGCUUUGUUAGAAUUGCGUGUUACCUAUAUGAUUUAUAAAUGGUUCCAAAAUAAAGAGGGCAGUUCAUGAUGGAUUAGCAAAUUUUGACAGAAAAAAACUCUUAAAGUCCAUUAACUAACUUCCAAUUUUUUUGUCCCCAGAUUCCAGAUCAAAUGUUUUUCCACACUGACUACAGGCCGCUGUGUCGUGAUCAACAUAACUGGGUCUUAGAUGAACAGACUCAGCAGGCUCCUCACCUCAUGCCACCACCAUUUCUCGUUGAUGUAGACGGAAAUCCCCAUCCACCAAAAUAUCAGCGUCUUGUACCUGGGCGUGAAAACUGUGCAGACGAGCAUUUGGUUCCUCAGUUGGGAUAUGUUGAAACUAGUAAGAAUAGACUGUAAAAAAAAUUAAAACAUUUGGCAAUGAUUCUCUAAUAAUUUAGACUAUUCUAUGUAUUUGGUUUUUGCCUAAUUUCAUCCUCUUAUACGUACUUCUCGCCAUUUUCUUUUUUUUGCGUUGUGGUUCUUAAUUUUUAUUCAUUUCCUCAACUACUUCACUGGAUCAUUUGCAGAAGAGGACCAUUAAUAUUUUAUCUUUAUUUAAGAUGCAAUUUUAGCCUUUUCUCCAGUCUUUCUUUUCAGUCUACAAAAUAAUUCUGGGACCUUUACCUCCACAAACAGAGGACUGGCUAUGAAGAAUUUAUGUGCAAAAGGAAUUUGUACAUCUCUUUCCUUUCAGGGUUGUUUACUAAAGUAAAUUUCAAAUUCAAGGUCAAAAUAACCAAACUUGAAAAUUUUUCAUCUGUGGUUUUAGUUUGACUACUCUGGCUUGAAAUUUGAAAUCCACUCUUAGUUCUCUCUUGUGAAUGACCCUGAUUGUGUCCGAAAUGGAACUAUUGAACAUUCAUUUACAUUACCUUUGUCUGUGCUUAUGUUACCCUCAUAUGGAACAUCAAACGUUUGUACUUGCUGAAUUUAAUUCCCUAAAUCCAACUGGGUCUGUAUCCAGGUCUGGAUGAUUAUCCUAGAUUUUUCCUGAAAUUUCUGGCAAUCGUAGAAUGAACGGAUUCCAAAUUUUUGGUUCUUUCUCAAACGGACAUAAUAGAAAUGUUAAUUAGAAUGUAUUUUCAGUAUCCAUUUGUUUAAUGAUUAACAAGAAUUUUAUACAGGCAAAUCACUUACAAUAAUUUUUUUGCACAUCUACUUUCUGACUCGGCUUUUCUUUUCCAUUUGAAAUUUUGGUUUUAAAUUCACUGCAAUCCACUGUCUAGUAAGCAGACAACUGUACUGAUUGUUUUCAUCGCACUUCUCAGGUUAAACGCCAUGUGUUGUUCUGUGCAGGUAAUGGAGAUGUGGUGGAGCAGGUAAUCAGCCAGCAAACACACUACUAUCAGCAGAACCAAGAUGCGAGUGUUCUUGAUGGGAUGAUAAGAGCAUUGCAGCGAUCACAGGAACAGAGGCCAGGUCUGGAGCAAGAACCUGGUGCUAGAGGGCAACCACAAAUGGAGGAAAUGCCAAGAAGAGGUAUAGUCAUUGCAGUUAAACUUGUGCUCCUAACACUUUAGCAUUGGCAUAAAGACCAUAUUACAUUUACUGCAGCACCUGGUGCCUUUUCAUUAAUAUUUCACACGAAUACCUCUGCGGAUUUUAAUUUUAUUGGUGGUGUCCCAAUGGGCAGCAUCAAUGUGUGCUGUCAAAUAUCUUAACUAUAUAUCAAGUAUACUAAUCUGCAACCUCUAUUUCUGCAAUACUUAUUUGGAAGCAGAUUUCAGUGACAUGCUAUAUGGCUUUAAGAUUCGCUAGAAUGUUAAAGUAAGCAAAUAUUAUGGUAUAAAUGUAAACUGCAGAGUAUAAACUGACCAGCAAAUUGAAAAUAAAAAAAAGAUUUUCUAUGUAUCUAUUAGAAAACGGUAAAGGAAGAGAAGGAAAGGCGUGCAAGUCAACAGAGCAAGCCCAAGCAGGGUAUUCCGAAAGAAUAUUAUCAGAUAGGGGGUCAGAAUAUGUGAGCUCAUGCCCUCUGUGUACUAUGGCUUUUGAGAGAAAAGGGAAUAUUUAUUUAUCCGUAAAACAUUUUCUCAUGUAAUGGCUAAUGUAGGCUAAAUUACCUUAUAUAUUGACUUACAAGAAGGAAAUGUUGGUAAAUAAAAAUCCCAUUAAAUGUGUGUAUUUGCUUAGAAUAAAUAUUUAUUAUGUGUUCUUGCAUAGCAAGACCACUUAAUGUUAUCUCUCAUAGGAAUGAAUGGCAAAAUGUUCAAAACUAGAGUGGGAGCUGGCAAAAGCUGAAAAAUCAGGACAUUUCUAAACUGCCAUCACUCAAAUCUUAUAUCAAAACGUUCAGCUAUCCCUGCUGCCACUAAACAUGUCAACGGCUAAGCCAUAGUCCUGAUCGUUUUCACAAUAUGACCAUUUGUUUGCAACUCACGCCGUCCAAUGACAUUCAUUGAAACUCCACUCAAACUUGAAGGACAAUUUCUAAACUGUGACUGGGCCCUCAUUUUUAAUACUUCAGAGACAUACUAUGCAUCAAAAUGUAGGUCUGGGUCUUGUGAUUAUCACAAUAUAAAGCUCUUCGCUGUAUAGUUUUGAUAAUACGACUGUUUGAAGAUGGCAACCGCCAAAAUAGGCUGGAGCAGCAAGUGAUGUCCUAGACAGGGCCUUUUGUACACCUGCUAAUGUUUUUAUAAAUGUAUGGUUUAAUGUAACUGUGAAGCAAUUAAAUGUGCUAUAUAAAUAAAUUUACUCCGCCCACUCCAGUUGUAGACUACUGGUGGAGGCAAGAAAUUGUAGCUUUUCUAGUUUAUAUUGAUGUAUAUUUUUUAACUCAUUUUCACACUGUUACUCUAGUUUCUAGAACAACAAAGUUAUUAGAUUGCUAUUAAGUUACAUAUCUUCGGUUUUCAUCUAUUUUAACGUAUUCUUUCUAGGAUUUUUCUCUCCUGCUAAUAUUGGGCUACGUCGCAGUGGUCAAGUUGAAGGUAUUCGACAGAUGCACCAGAAUUCCCCACGAAGUCAGAUUGCAACUGAGCGAGAUCUCCUGGCCUGGAAAUGUAGGGUGGUGGUGCCACCAAUACCCUGCCCAGUUUACAUGUAUGAUGGCUUUUUUUGGGAGGGGGAAAAGUUUGUUGUGAGUUCCAUCUAAUGUGUUAUUUAACAAUGCAUGUAAAGGGAUAUAUAUAUAUCUUUUUAUUUAUAUAUAUAUAUAUAUAUAUAUAUAUAUAUAUAUAUAUAUAUAUAUAUAUAUAUAUAUAUAUAUAUAAAAGCAUUUGCAGACUCUGGUAUCAACAUGCUGUGUGUGAUAACACUAAUUAGACCUUCAAAAACCACUACACGCCCUGUAGAAGUUAUGGUAUCAGGAUUAUCCUGAUUCAUAGAGAAAGUAGUCAAACAGUUUAAUAACUUAUCUGGGGUCCACUGCCUGCUAGCCACAGCCUCUAGGAGAUUCAGAAGUCUCGUGCAAUGAGCUUCUGUAAGAUCAUUUGAGUUAAGCUCUGCAGUUGCAGGGCUGGCUUAUUGAAUGCGCGUUAUAGCAGGGAGCUUGUGGCUCUCCUGGAGGAGUUGGCCUGUGCCUAGCAGACCCAAACUUUUUAAAAAUGGUUUGAUUACUUAACCUGGGAAGGUGCCCUGGUUCCGUAACCUAAACACCAUGUUAUUUUAAAAGGAAGAUCCUCUCUGUGCACUCAGACCGACAGCUGCUAGAUAUUCUCAGACAAAUGUAGACAUUGCCAUUUCUCAGACACGGUAAUGUUUUGUCUAGUCCAUGUCAAUUAUACAAUCUAUGCACCAAAACCACUACAUUAAGAUAUGGUGCUGAGGGUACUGUUAAAUGUUUACACAAUCUAAGAAACAAACAGACAAAAAGUUUAAAUGGUUUGAUUGCCCAAUGUGUCAAAAUCAUGGAAGAACAAUUAUACCAUUUAUUUUAAUUAUACAAAGAAGAAGUACUAAUCUUAAGAUAUUUUGCUGGUGUCCCUGCUGCUUAUAGGAAACAGGAAGAAUUUAGAAUUGCCAAGGGAAAUGAAGAGAAAAUAACCUUUACCAAGCAGAGAAAAUAUGAUUUUCAGGACAAGGUGAGAAGAGUAUUAAGACAUUUUCCUGAAAUGUUUAUGCUGACAGAAAAGAAUGAAUUAAACCUGUUUCCCUCAUAUUUUACGGUAAUGAAAUCAGGGAUAAAUAUUUUAUGAUAGAGCAUACCUUUAGGUAUAAUUGUAUACAGUGUCCAUUUAAGUUAGGGUUGUUACUUCAUGGUAGAUGUAAACCAGUGUUAACGUUCCCUAGAAAUGUGACGCCCCCUGUCUGAGAUAUCGUUCUAAGCCACCCAGUCGGAUGCAGUCAUCCCGCAGAGAAGUGGAAGAGUUUAUAGACUUCUCGUGUGAAGAGGGUGAAGAAACUGAACCUUCUUCCGAAAAUGAAGCAUCUUCGGAGAAUGAGAAUGAGGAAGAGGAGGCGGCAAGUGUUCAUAUACAAUGUUACCCACUCUUUGCUUGUAAAAUGCAUGUUGCUUAGGGAGCCUUUAAAAAAAAAAAAAAAAAAAAGCUGCAAUUCCUCCCCUUGUAAAUUAACUUACUUUGUGUGCACCCUAUAAAAACCAGCAAUACUUGUUUGUAAGACAGUGAUUUUAUUAAAGAAUAGCCGGAUAAGGACUUGUAUAAUCUUUUACAUUCACCAAAACAUUUUUAUUGAAAACCUGUGCAUACAUUGCUUUACAUGUGUUUUUAAAUGAAGGUGACUGCUUGUGUGCUCUUAGUAAAACCGAGCAUUUAACUAACUUUGUGUUCAGCUACAAUAUAAAGAAUAUUGGGGGAUACAGCUGUAAAAAAAAAAAAAAAUUACAAAAAAAUCCCAUCUUAGUGUAACACCGUAUUAUAUGAUGCUGCAAUGCACAAGUAUCAAUGCACGCACAAGCUGUUUCGGGGAGGAUUUCCAACCCAGGAAUCCACAGUUGGUUGUAGAAAUUCCAAGAUUUUCUCCAGGACACAUGGUGAGGGAAGGUGGGGCUGUGUGUAUAAUACUGUUACUCUGUUAUGAUCUUUUUACAGCUGCAUCCCCAAUAUUCUGUAUUAUAGCUGUUCUGUAAGAGGGUAUACUCUGGGGGAUAUAUAUUUCUUUAUCCACACCUAACAUUGUAGGUGGGGUUGUGGGUUGUUGCAUGUGUGUGCAUAUAAACACUAACUUUGUGUUCCGUUUUAAUGUACUUGUGCAAGUGCACAUUUAGGGUGUUUCUGAUACCAUAUGCAGAGUUUGUUACAAACAGUAUGGUUGGUUUUAGAGUUUAGUCUGGUGUAUGUGAAAGUAGACUAGGUCCGACUCUUCUACAAUUAUGAUAUGCCAACACAAAAUAGUUAUGGCUUUCUAUGUAUAGAAUUGUUUUUCCCCUCCUCUUUUUUAGAUGGACCAAGUAGCUGAAGUGUCAAGUGUUCCUGAUGACGACGACUGGAGGAGUGAAAAUGACACUGGGUAAAUGAACUUGAAUUUGAAGAAUGAGGUGAAAGUGACGCUAGUGAUGUAAAAUUGUUGGAUUGUGCUAAGAAAUUAAGAUUCUGCUGUUAGAAAAAGUAAUGUUACUAAAAUGCAUGUUGGCGUUCUGCCAAAGAUUAUUCGAUCACAGCUAUUAAUAGAAGUGUAUCAGUGUGUAAAUACACUGCUGAUGCAGGAAAUGAUAGUAACUACUUGUUGCGCAGGCGCAUACGUGUGUAUGUCUGCAUAUGUUUGUAAACACGAAUAGUUUUUGACUAUUCUUCUGGAGUUGGGUGACAUUUCAAUAGCUUAUAUUUCUAUUCUAUGUGAAGCCUUACCAUGCAGGUUGAGUGCUGGUGGACAUAACGUCGGAUUUAAACCAAAAGGCCAGUUUCAGUUUUAUGUUAGCAGAAAUUUUACUUUACUAAUAUUGUUUCUAACUUUUCUCUGGUAUUUUCCAUAUUGUUGGUUAAAAGGAGAUCUGGUUUUGAUCUUUCUUUUACUUUGAAAAUCGAUUCAUUUUUAAAGGACCACUCUAGGCACCCAGACCACUUCAGCUUAAUGAAGUGGUCUGGGUGCCAGGUCCCUCUAGGGUUAACCCAUUUUUUUUUUAUAAACAUAGCAGUUUCAGAGAAACUGCUAUGUUUAUAAAUGGGUUAAUCCAUCCUCCAAAUCCUCUAGUGGCUGUCUCAUUGACAGCCGCUAGAGGCGCUUGCGUGAUUCUCACUGUGAAAAUCACAGUGAGAACACGCAAGUGUCCAUAGGAAAGCAUUGUAAAUGCUUUCCUAUGAGACAGGCUGAAUGCGCGCGCAGCUCUUGCCGUGCGUGCGCAUUCAGCCGAAUGGGAGGAUCGGAGGCAGAGAGGAGGAGGAGAGCUCCCCGCCCGGCGCGGGAAAAAAGGUAAGAUUAACCCCUUUCCUCUCCCCAGAGCCGGGCGGGAGGGGGUCCCUGAGGGUGGGGGCACCCUCAGGGCACUAUAGUGCCAGGAAAACGAGUGUUUUUUCCUGGCACUAUAGUGGUCCUUUAAAUCCAUGAGACUGUUUGUUUGUGCCAGCCUAUAACUUUGUUCUAAAGGUGCGCAGGACCUAGCACUUGUGUACCGUGCUCUACGCUCGCUGGAUGGUGCUACUAACCUGCAAAAUAUUGAUGUUUAAAAUGUGUGAAACCUACAGUCAGUGGCAUACAAAGGUUUCUCAGCAACUGCAGCUUUUGACGUGAAAGUGAACAUUUGAAUUGAUCUGUCCAACUUAUAGGCCUGGAUUAGUGGGAGUCUGAGCGUGGGACUUAUUUUUGUAUGUUUGAUAGGCUUGAUAGUCUGCAUUAUCUGAGGUGCCAGGAGAGCCCCUAAAUGUGUCACGUGACUUUAGCAGUAUGAGAGAAAGCAGGGGGAUGGUUUCCAAAGACUGGUAGCAGUUUAGCUGUAGUAGCUAUGGGGUUUAUCUUCUAUUACUUUAUGCAAUCUUUAAAGGGAUCCUAUAGUGCCAGGAAAACAGUUGUUAAACCCCUUCAGCCACUUACCUGAAUCCAGCGCCGGUGUCCCUCUGCGCUGGGCCAGGCUCCGCCCAUGCUCCUCCCCCACCGGCUGACGUCGCAAUGGCUGCGCGCAUUAGUGAGGACGUCCAGCGUCGGAUAACGGACCAAAAGUCAGUUUGGAUUCUGGAAGCCCUCUAGUGGCUGUCUGUUAGACCGCCACAGAGGGCAGACUUAGAGCUGCAAUGUAAACAUUGCAGUUCUCUGGAACCGCAUUGUUUUACAUUGCAGCACUGAGUGCUUAAAGGGUCACAGCACCCAGACUACUUCAAUUAGCUGAAGUGAUCUGGGUGCCUACAGUGUCCCUUUAACUGUAGUGAGAUAAUCAGGUAGCAGUUUCCUGUUCUAAUCCUAAAGGCGGCAGCUCUGUGACCUUUUGGACCUGUAAAGUAAGACAGUAUUUAAUUUAUCUACCAUUAUAAUUUGUGUAAAAAAAAAUUCAAACAAUUUUAUGCUUUAGAAACAUGUCAUGGAGAAUGAUUUCAGCAUAGCUUAUGGAGAAUAGUUUAUAACAAAGAAGUAAAAGAGGCUAAUAAAUGGGUUCUAUUUACAGUUAAGCAUUUUAUUUUUUAUUACUGCCAUGAUCACAUAGACGAUGACACCCUAAUGCUUUAUCUAAUACAUUGAAUAUUUUUCAAUCUGACAGCAAUUCAUCCAGCGAUUACUCCGAUUGGACAGCAGAAGACCGAGAUUACCUCCAAUCACCGAGGCCUAGCUCAGUACGGUGCAAGGUGAAGAAGCACACUUCAGCACGGCGCUUGAUUAAGAAGCUGUCUAGCAGCUCAGACGAAGAGAGCUCUGCUGAUGAGUCAUCUUCAGAGACACGGACAGUAAAACAGGACCAGAAUGAAGUAAGAAAAUUGUAUCAACCCUCUGUUUCCUACAUAAGGAGUGCAAGCUUUCAGAAUAUAUGGUGUUGCUGUUUAGCUGUGAAAAUAAAUCCAAAGUUUAGGAUUACAUACUGGCAAAAUGCAACUCUUAUACACUUCCUCGAUUUUGUUAUUUUUGAUAACUUUAAUUUUCCAUUUUAAAUGGGUUAAAGUAAUUUUGGCCAUAACGAGAAUACUAAAGUAAAGUAGUUAUUAGGAUGUUUCUUUAGAAAGGAUGUUUGCAUAUUAUAGGCGGCAUUCCACAUUAAUAGUCUGAUUACUGAUCUUUUUCUGGAAUCUCUGUAUAAUGUAUACAGACCCCUAUCUACCCAUUUUAGUUUGGUUAUAUUACAAAUCCAGCUUUAUUGGAGGUUCUAACAGAUAUUUUGUAAUGUUGUAUAUGACCCAUAAGUUAAUUCUACCAUGUUUUGUUCAGAAAAAUAGAAUUUUGCCUCCAUAUGUACUAUAUAUGCCUGAUUAAAAUCAUGGCAUGGUUUUCCCUGUCUGUAAGGGUAUGGAGCUGGUUAAGUCAAUUUUUCUGUGGUUGUAAUCAGGGGAAAAAAAUAUUGUAAGCAUUGGAACUAUUUCUGUUGCUUAUUUUUUUCACCUUGACAAAUGAUUUUCAUAUGAUCAUCAGUGUUCGGUUGUUAAUUUUUCUUGAGUGAGACAGUGUCCAUUUAUUUAUUUUAAUGUACAUUGAAAAAAACGUUUUCUGUGAUACCCAAAAGCUUAAGUUUGCCAGUUUUGCUGCCGUGCUAUUUACCAAACUCCAAAAUUAUUGUGCAUUAAAAAUUAGAAUGGCAAAAUCUAGUCUCUCCCAUAAUCACAAUUUGGCAUUUUGCGCCUGUAAUUUACUGUUAACAGUUGCAUUUUUCACGAUUUGGAGUAUAGUUGAAUAACUCUGUGAGUAUUUAGUUAUACAGACAUUAACACCAGAUGAGAAGAUUCUGAUUUAUUACCUGCAUGUUAUAUAUAUAUAUAUAUAUAUAUAUAUAUAUAUAUACACAUAUUUUUUUUUUUUUUUUGUGCCACAGGCAGUGGGAGAUCCUGUAAGACCACCUAUAAACGGAGAGAUCUCGGAGUGUCGCCCACCUGUCUGGGUCACAGAUACCAUGCCCCACAGAUCCCCCUUUGUUCCUCAAAUGGGAGAUGAGGUAAAAUCUGCUUUUAAUGAUUUUUGUUUGUGCAAUGAUGACACACCUGUUAAAUUAUUCCAGUGAAACCUCUGUAUUUAGAAGUAGCAAUGUAGUGUUUGCAAGCACGGAACCUGUAGAUCUAAUGUGAAAAUGACUUGUUUGUGCAGAACAUGUUGUAAAUAGAUUACAGAUUAACCAGUUUCUGACAAAAGGUUGUGUGUGUGUUUACUGUAGGGUUUAUGAUUUUUUGAACCAGCUAUUAAUAAUGGUAGUAUAGUGUUAGGGUUAUAUGUGCUAAUGUGUAGUGAUUAUCCUGUAACAGUUUACAAAGAUUUUAAAAUACGAUCCUGUCAAUAACUGUAAAUCAUGUGUAAUUGUUUAUGUAAUACAGUACAUACAUGUUAAAGUUUUACUUCAUGCUGUUUGGAGUUUAUAGCUACAAAUGUUGCUUCCUCCGAUGAUGUACGCACAUUUUUCUGCAUUCUCUCAAGUGGCCAUUUUGGAGGUGCUAAAAAUACAUCUUUGGGUCAUAUCGGUUAAUCUGCAAAUAUACAAACUUGUCACAAAGAGAGAACUACACCCAUGGGGUCUGGAGCAAAGUAUGGCAUGAACACAUGUUUAAACGUACUCCUGCAGAACUUGCAAUAAAUUACGGGACAACCAUAUGCAAUGAUUUCAGCAGUUCCCAGUGUAGGAGCAGUUCUGAUUGGACAUGCACAACUUUUAGGCAUAAGCGAAUCGCUAGUGACACAUUGCUCCCCACACUUAUUGCCAUUUCCUUUUACUAAUGCAUUUGCUAUAACCUGUCAAUUGACCCUGCUUAUCGUGAACUUUCAUGAGAUUCUCGUAAUAGUAGACGACCAUUAAUUUCCUCCUCAAACUUUUGAAAACCAUGACUUUAAUAACCCUAUUUCACAGUCACCUUAUUUAUUCACUUUUCAUCCUGUAGGUAAUCUACUUUCGUCAAGGCCACGAGGCCUACAUUAAUGCAGUUACGAGAAAUAAUCUCCCCAUAUCAAACGUUCUAAAGGAGCCAUGGAAGAAAACAGUGCUGCGGGUAAUAAGACUUUGUUUUUGCAUAAUUUGGCUAGUAUGGCAUCCAGUAUUAAAAGGGAAACUCUAGGCUUUAUUUUUCAAUUUUUAACUAAUUACUUGUAUUCAAGCAGGAAUAACGUCUUCAUGUACCAGGAAGCGAUUGAGAUUGCUUUAUUGCAUUGCCAAUCUUGGUUCUUUUAAUUUUCGUAGAAAUAGGUUGUUUUCCUUAAAGAUUCUUUGUGUUGCUUUGAAAUGUCAUUUAGUGUGUAAUACAUUUCAGAUGUACACAAAAAUGAAUAAUCUUACAUAAGUUUUGCCGCAAGAAAAAAACAUUCUGUUCUAAGAGAAUAUACAACAAAUAGUAUCUCUCUCUCGGCAUCCAUGAAUGUCUCUAGAACAUCCCAAAGGAUUAGGGUUGUUGUGUUUCUCUUGACAGGGCAACACUAUAAUUUUAUUAAGCUUGUUUUCUAUUUUUAAUUUCCAGGCUUUGUAUUAAUAUGUGACUUUUAUUUAUUAAUUGUCUCUAGGAUCAGGAAGUGGUAAAAAUUGUUGGUAUAAGAUAUGAAGUUGGCCCUCCUGUUAUAUGCUGCCUAAAACUGACUGUGAUUGACCACGUUAGCGGAAAACUAACAGACCAGUCUUUCUCUCUUAAGUAUGUUCUGGGUUCUUAUUGUAUGGUUUUUUUUGGGAGGGGGAGGGGGUGGUGUGUGAAUGUGUGUUUGAGAAUGUGUUUCCAUAGUAAAAAAAUUAGUGGGUCUACAUGAAUUGAGGUGGAUGUUAUGGCGAAAUUGGGAACCCUACGAGUCAAGGAACACGAUGACUUGGGUUGAGGCACUUUGAGGUUAAAGAAUUUGUUGAAGUGUAGUGGAAUAUUGAUUAGCAGCAGUAAAUAAAUACUAGGUAAUAGAGUAAUCCUGUAUAGAAGAGGAAAAACAAAAUAGUAAAGUUGUGAUGAGCUGACCAAGGCCUGUAAGGAAGUGUGGUGUAGUGUGCAUUUGAGCUUAGUCUAUUUAAGCACAAACUGCAAGUGUAUAUAAUUCUUGUGUUUGUCAAAGCGUAGUAAUAAAUCAAAGAAGAUUUCAUUUCAUUCUGAGAGCUGUGCAUUUUCAAGAACUCAUUUAACAGCAUUAUGCUUAACAUGGUCUCUGAACCAAUUGACCAAGGCAGAGUUAAUUAUUUUUCUUUAUAUAAUAGUCUGUUGAAUUUGCUUAUUCACCAGGUAUCACGACAUGCCAGAUGUCAUAGACUUUCUUGUGCUACGGCAGUUUUAUGAUCAUGCUCGACAAAGACAUUGGCAAGCAGGUAAGUCCCUAAAAUACCAGACACCAGGGAAUGUUUCUCCUUUAUACUUUAUGAACUUAAAUGAACACUAUAGUCACCAGAAUAACUACACAUUAAUGUAGUUAUUCUGGUGAGUAUAAUCGUUCCCUGCAGGCAUUUUCAUGCAAACACUGACUUUUGAGAGAAAAGGCAGUGUUUACAUUCACCCUCAGGGACACCUCCAAGUGGCCACUAUAGGUGCUUCCUGGCACUGCCGUCCAGCCUCUCCACGUUCUGCAUGGAGACUCUGAAUUUCCCUCCUAGAGAUGAAUUGAUUCAAUGCAUCUCUAUGAGGAGGUGCUGAUUGGCCAAUCUACGUUGGGCCCUGCCCCCAUCCAGACUCUGUGCCAAUUUCAACCAAUCCAAUGCUUCCCUGUGGAAAAGCACUGGAUUGGCUUAAAAUCGUAACUUCUGAUGUCACCAAGGUGACUUAUUCGGGGUGGGACCAGCGCCAGCGGACCCACGCGGCGCUGGAAAUAAGGUAAGUUUUAACCCCUUCAAAGAGGUCAUGUUUGUGUUCCUUUAAGAAUUGUGCUCUCUAGCUAACAGUGCUCAGCUGGUACAUGGUCAGUAGUAAUUGUAUACCCUCCUGAUUGUCUACAUAGAAUACUAGUCUUCUAAUCUUAUGUUAUUUUAAUGUUUGUUUUUGUCUUCUUUUACAUCUAAACUUGUUAGGGGAUAAAUUUCGGUCUGUUAUCGAUGACGCCUGGUGGUUUGGAACAGUUAUGUCUCAAGAGCCGCAUCAGGCAGAUUACCCAGACAGCCUUUUCCAGUGUUAUACUGUGAAGUAAGUGUAGGCCUUCAUAAACUAUUUCAAUUCUGCUUUGUGUUAAGUUUUGCAUUUCGAGGCUAUCUCGAAAAAACCUGCAUUUUUAAAAGUUCAUUACUUGGAACCAAGCUUUAUUAGCCUACCCAAAGAAAUCUUGAGCUAAAUUGUUACACGUCACUGACUAGUGGAAAUUUUCUCUCCUGUGCAUAUAGCAUAUUUUAGUAAUGCAUCACACAUAGGUUUAAUGUUUAGGAUUUUAUUGCCACUAUUUUACAACAUGCUUUGCAAAAUAAGGAGAUGUUGGAUUGUAAGGAAGUCAUGUAAAACUUAUUUUGUUGUGUAGAUUUCUAUUCCAUGUGCCUCUGAUUUAAUUAGGACUUCAUUGUUUUAACAUCUUUUCCAUGAUUUAAACAGGUGGGAUAACACCGAAAUUGAAAGGCUCAGUCCCUGGGAUAUGGAUGUUAUACCUAUUGAAGGUAAGUAGUACCAAAGAAGUAGCAGAAUUCUCUGUGUUUGAUCAUUACGUGUAUUUUUUUUGUUCUAACUUCUAAAGUGCUUGAAAUAAUUUUUUUAGAAAUCAUAGUUGAGGUUUGAUGCACAAUGAUUCCCUAGUGUAAGGUGCUUCAAACUAGCUUCCCAAAAAACAAACCUCUGACAAAAAGCGACUGAGAUUUUUCUUUAGCAGUCCUGCUUAUCACAUUGAUUGCAGAGGGAAGGCUGAACAGCAAUAUGUGCUAUAGUCCUCCGCUGUCAGUGUGAGCUGAACCCGAUCUCCGGCCUGUGUGCUAGUAGCUCUGUGAAAAUAUUUAAAUUGGGCCACUUGUGUAGUUCUAUUCUUAUUUCAUAUAAUUGGUAUGAUGUAGAGCAGGGGUUCCCAACCCAGUCUUCGAGUACCCCCUAACAGUCCAGGAUUUAGGGAUUACCCUGUUGUGUCUAAAGUGUAAGGGUAAUCCCUAAAUCCUGGACUGUUAGGGGGUACUGAGGAUUGGGUUGGGAACCACAGAUGUGUAGAGUAAUGACUAAAAAAAGAAUCCAGAAAAUGAUUUUACCCAUCAUAUUGAUAACAUUUAAUAUAGAGGAAAUAUUGGUAUAAAAAAGUGGGAGUUUUCUUUUUCUUAUAAAGGCAAAUGUUAACUCUAGUUGCCCCUGUGUUUUAAGCCACCUUUUUAUUUUUUGCCAUUUUAUCCGAAAUAAUUAAUUUCAUGAGUUGUGUAAUGUUCCUUGAUCAUUUAGUGUUAAAUGAAAUCUCUCUUUUCAGUGGUUCCCCCUGAAGAACUGGGAGCUAGCAUUUCUGUAAGCCCUGAUGAGCUGGACAAUUUGUUAUACAGUCCCCAGGAGGGUGAAUGGGGGCCAGAAACUCAACAUACUGAAUGUGAACGUAUUAUUUGUGGUAUUGAUCAACUACUUCGUCUGGGUUAGUAACACAGGAAUGGUGAAUGUGUAUUUAAUUUUGUCAGUCUGUUUUUAUUGUGGCAUUAAGGUUACACAAGACAAUUGCAAUACUGCAAAGAUAAACGACGUUUUAGUUAUUAAUGUAUCUCUUCAUAAGUGGUACACAGGCUACAGAUUUUGUAUUAAUCUUUCCAAAUAAAUGUUCAGACGCCAGAUCUUAUCUUUACAGAAUUCAAAUUUAGAUUUUUAUCUUGUGCUUAGUUGGUAAUUAAAGCCUUUUUUCCUUUAUUCAGAUAUGGCCACUCCCUUUGCAGGCCCUGUUGAUCUCAACACCUACCCUUCCUAUUGCACGGUAGUUGCAUAUCCCACAGAUCUCAGCACAAUACGGAUGAGGCUUGUAAAUCGUUUUUACAGGUUUGUUUGUGUGGUGUUUUUUUGGGGGGGUUUUUUUUGGAGGGAGGGUUGGGGGGGGGGGGGAAGGUUACAAUUUGUUGCUACUAUUCUGAAUAAAUAUUUUGUAUAAUUUGACAAUAGCAGCCCUAUGAAGGCCUGACUGCUACAUGAUAUUACAUUAAAGCUAGACUGUCACUUGUGGGUUCCUUCUUUUCAUAACUUUCCCAGUGACUUGUCCACUUGCAUGUUCCCAGAUGUUUGUGAUGGGAAAACAAUGUAUUUCCGUAAAUCUCUGCAACUAUAAUAUACCCUGUGCACCUAACAUGUGCAAGGUGCAUAUGUUGCGGUGCUGGAAGAUCCUUUGUAUCACUACUUACUGUCAUUGGAAUGCACAUUAUUUGUGCUAAACAACCAGUAAGCCUGUGGACUGAUGGGUGAAUGAUUAAAAUCCCUAUCUGUCAAACUAGUGGAUGGAGAAAUUGUAUUUUUGGUUCUUGAAGCCUUGUUAUACCAGGUUAUGUUGGUGAAGCUUUCUUACCCAUAAAACACACUGGAUGAUGUAUUGCAGGAGAGUCUGUGCACUAAAAUGGGAAGUAAAAUAUAUUGCGUUAAACGCCAGUACCUUCAAUGAACCGGAUAGCGCUAUUGCGAAGUCUGCAAAGAAGAUCACAGAACUCCUGCUGAACUUCAUAAUGUAAGUCACGAAUAUAAAUGAUCUAAGUAUCCUUUUAGAAACCACAAACUCUUAAGCUGCCCUUAUUCAAAGCACUUAAUGCAGGUUGGCAACAGUAAUUGUCAUUAAGUGCUAAAACAGAAAGAGGAAACUUGAAAUGGGAAGAUAAGAAUUGCAUUAAAAACAUUUUUUUUGGGGGUGGGGUUGGGUUUACAAGCGUCAAGGCAUGUUUAUGUAAAAUGUUAAUUUCUUUGUAGAUUUUAUUGAAGCUUAAAGUAACAUUCCAAGCACCAUAAUCACUACAGUGUGCUUUGUUAAAGAAUAUGAUGUAGUGGUUAUGUUGCAGGAGCCACUUGGAAUGUUCCUUUAACCAUGAAACAGUUGCUCCUUCUCAGCAUUCUAUUUUUACAUUCUAGGGACAGUAGCUGUACGGAUAUUAAUGACCUGAUCAAUUCUACGGAAGGGACUGAGCAAUGUCGUUCCUGUGACCAGGUAUGGAGUCUGAUAGAACUGUUUUCUAGAAUUUGAUCUACUUUUAAACUGUAAGCUUGUGGACAGAACUUUCGAAGUCCAGGUAUUUGGUUGAACUCUACUAAUUUAAUGUACCAUUUACUUUCUCUUGGCAGUACAGAAUUUUGUUCUCGCCGUAUAAUUAAUUUAAUCAGCAAGUACCAUUUGGCUCCCUGCACCCUGCUAUCUUAAUGUUUUACACAGUCAAAAAGCCAAAACUAUUCUUAGUUCUAUAAAUAUUUUGCUUUAAACAAAACAAAAUUCACUGUAAAUUGCAUGAUGCUUAAAUUUUAAUUGUCUUUACUGUGAUCCCUCACCAAGUCAGCACCACAGAUUAAACUUAUUUGGGUUAGAAUAAUCCUCCUUAUCCGGUCCCCUCCUCCCAGCGUAUUAGAUCUUAAGCCAUACAAAUAUACUAAGAUGUUAUGAGUAAAACCGUAAAUGUGGUUAUUUAAAAUUUCCAAAUAUACUGACUUUGAUUAAACCUCAAAUGAACACAAUUUAUUAUACAUACAGGGUUAUUCACUAACGUGAGAAUUCAAAGUGAAUGUAAAAUUUAAAGGGACACUAUAGUCACCUGAACAACUUUAGCUGAAUGAAGCAGUUUUGGUGUAUAGAACAUGCCCCUGCAGCCUCACUGCUCAAUCCUCUGCCAUUUAGGAGUUAAAUCCCUUUGUUUAUGAACCCUAGUCACACCUCCCUGCAUGUGACUUGCACAGCCUUCCAUAAACACUUCCUGUAAAGAGAGCCCUAUUUAGGCUUUCUUUAUUGCAAGUUCUGUUUAAUUAAGAUUUUCUUAUCCCCUGCUAUGUUAAUAGCUUGCUAGACUCUGCAAGAGCUUCCUGUAUGUGAUUACAUUUCAAUUUAGAGAUUGAGAUACAAUUAUUUAAGGUAAAUUACAUCUGUUUGAAAGUGAAACCAGUUUUUUUUUUCAUGCAGGCUCUGUCAGUCAUAGCCAGGGGAGGUGUGACUAGUGCUGCAUAAACAGAAACAAAGUGAUUUAACUCCUAAAUGACAGUGAAUUGAGCAGUGAAAUUGCAGGGGAAUGAUUUAGACAUUGAAACUGCUUUAUUUAGCUAAAGUAAUUUAGGUGACUAUAGUGUUCCUUUAAGCUUAAAGUGGCCAAUCUAGAGAGAUUCUCGAAGUCGUCUAUGCUUUCAAUAUAGCUAUUCUGGUCCUCACUUUAAAUUCUUACUCUGGUGAAUAGCCCUGAUUGUUUACACUGUGAGACGUUCUUUAAUGAAAAGUGCUCCCCAAAAUUUUCUCUGACAAAAGGGUGCUUUGAUUGAACAAUGGCACAAAGAAACCACAACUAUUUAAUAAAUUGUGCCUUUCUGAACGAUUUGCAGGAAAUUAAAUGGAAAAAUGGAAGUGUUGAUCUCCCCCAUUGUGUGAUCUCACAGACUUAAUAACAAUUUGAGAGCCUCACAAACCCUCUAGUUGCAGCAUCAUGCCCCACUAUGGGCAAGUUAUUUACUGUUACUUUGUAGCAAUGGAUGUUUAAGUGGUGGUGAUGUCUCUUUACAACAAAAGGGAACAGACAAAAGCUUAGAGAAACGAACCAAAUGGCAAGGUUUUGAGUUUCUUAAAGCUUUUGCCCGUUCUCCGUUUUCAGUGCAUUUGCUUGACAAUUGCCAAAGACCAUUAACAUUUGAGUCAUUCAUUCAAUUAUGUGUAACUUAAAAAAACUUUUUUUAAAUUUCUAUUAUUCUUGUUUUACCAGUGUUGAAGGUUCAAUAUCUGCUUUUAACGUAACAAUACAAUGUUUUCUGUGUACAGUUUCUGGUUUUACUUAUUUGUAUCAUAGAUGGAAAGACCCCAUACCCCAGAAAAAACAUGGCAAGACCAAUGCAUGGAGUUAGUGGACCUUAUUAUAGAGUGUGAAGAUUCUGAGCCGUUUAGGGAACCCGUUGACUUGGAACAGUACACGGUAAGGGAAUCUUUAGUUGCUGUGCGCACAGACCCCUAUACACCAUUUAAAUGUUGACAAACUGCGGUCUAUGAUCUGUCAUAUAAUAAGAUUUUUAAAAACAAAUCUGCAAAUUCAUGUUUUUCCAGGAUUACCAGGACAUUGUAACAACCCCAAUGGAUUUUGGAACCAUUAAGAAAUCAUUGGCUGAUGGAAAGUACAGAAAUCCUGUGCAGUUGUGUAGUGAUAUGAGAUUGGUUUUCUCAAAUGCCAAGAUAUACACGCCAAAUAAACGAUCCAGGGUAAUUCUCUUUAGCUUUACAUGUAUACCAUGGCUGUUUUAUGUUGCCUUUUAUUUCUAAUUUCUUCAAGGAUCAAGAUGAAUCUUAAGUAUUGCCAGAAAUAAAUGUUGAAACACUGUGUAUUUAUGGAUUCACUAUUCUGAAAUCUGAACAUUAUUGAGAUUCUCCUAGAGGUACAUCAAGUUUCUCUUAAAAUAAGGGAGAAUCUCUUACAUUAAUGCCCCCCCCCAAAAAAAAACAACCCAAAAACCUGACAGUGAGGCAAUUUAUGUGAGUGUACUGGCACCAUAUCAAACCAUUUAGGAAAUACUUAACAGGUCUUUUCUCUGCAACCAGGGGUCACUACCACUUGGCCUUAUUUAUAGUGGGAAAUUAACAUAAAUGUGAAUUUUGUUUAGCCUGAGAAUUAUUGGCUGGCAGCAUUGGCUAACCUGACAAUCCCCAGCACUAGAUCAGAAUUCUGGACAUUCUAAGGAACAUAAUCACUACAAUGAGAUGUACUGGGUAUGUUGCUUAAAUGAUUAUUCCAAACACCAUGACUACUUCAUUGCUUUGAGUCGGUCUUUGAAACAUUUUCAGGAAAUAGCACUGCACAUACAGAUAUAAUUAACUUUUGUUUCCCGAGCUGCAAAUCCUCUGUGAACAGCAAUAUUAGCAGCCUGGAACAAGUUCUGGACUGCUAAAUGCUACUUCUCGGCACAUACGGCAUGUUGGUGACUAACAACGAAUCACCACAAGGUCCCUCAUUUGGCCUUUCUGUCCUCUGUCCCUUUGCAGCUAAAUGUUUGUUUAAAAAAAAUAAUAAAAAAAAAAAAAAAAUAAUUUUAAGGAGACACUAUAGGCACCAGACCACUUCAUCUCAUUGAAGUGGUCUGGGUAAAGUGCCCCUGUCUGUUUAACCCUGCAGUGUAAAACACUGCAGUUUCUGUGAAACUGCAAGGUUUACAUUGCAGAGUUAACUCCACUUCUAGUGGCUGUCUUCCAGAAAUCCAGUAGAGGCAAUUUCUGGUCUCUAAUGGAGUUUUACACUGUGAAGCAACAUUGUGCAUCCACAUUGACACGUUGCAUGAGGGCGUUUACCGUAUUCGAAUUCUUGAUAGGAAAGCAGGCACCAAGGGAGGCUUUCUUCUAAAAGGCAGGUGUAAACAGGAUUUUUAACCCUUGGAAACAGGAACACUAUAGUGUUAGAAUAAAACUCAACAAUUCCGAACGCUAUAGUUUUCCAUUAAAGACAGUAGAAAAACAGAUGAACUUACUGCUCUUGUCCUCAUGUACAUAAAAAAAAGAGCCCAUUAUUGGAAUAUCAGAAAAGGAAAAGUGUCAAAAAAUAUUUAUUUAUGUUUUAGCUUUUGAGGCAUUCUUAUUUUUGUAAUUAUACAUCUAUAUAUUUUUCUUACUAUUUUCUUAAUUUUGGGUCAGAAUAAGCCAUGUUUUCCUGUAUAUUGUUUGAAUGUAUCAGAGCAAAGCUGCCCAGCUAACAGUAAAAUUAUAUGUGCAAAGUUCCUGUGUAUAGAUUUAUUUGUACAUUUUUAACUAGCUUCUCUUCUAGCCACUUGUGUUGUGUUUUGUUUAAUUUUUUAUUUAAAGAAUGCAUCUUAUCGUCCAUUAGAAGAAUGAAAAAAUAUGGAGAAAGGAUGUGACAGUUAUGCUUUGCUCUGUUUAUUUAGAUAUACAGUAUGGCUCUCAGGCUUUCGGCACUAGUAGAGGAUAAAAUGAAAGUCAUUAUCUCUGCUUACAAACUUUCUCAAGAUUCCCCCCAAAAAUCUGGAAGUAAAUAUUGCAACUCCAAGAGACAACGGACAAAACCCAUUCUAAAAGGCAGUAGUGCCCCUGGGUAAGUUAAAACAAAUGGAUUGAUACUCCAUUUUGCCAUUGGGUUUCAUGUGCAUUCCUGUAUUUUUUUGGUGCACCACAAGAACAGCACUUGUUUAGAAUGUGUAACCUCUAGGUGCCAAAAGGGUAGAUUACCAUAUGUUCUAGAACUACAAUUCCCUUUACAUUGGCAAAUCAUCAUAGAAGCUGGGGAUCUACCUUUUUGGGCACCCCUGCUCCAGACCAUACUCCUAGCACAAAAUAUUAAAUGUGUGUCAGAAUAUAAGGAUGCACAAGAUAUUGCAAAACCCUGAAAAGGGCAGGCCACCAAAUGGGCCAAUGAGAAAAAAUUCCCAUCUAUUCCAAUGUUCUAAAAUUGUGAGACACUCUGAAACAACUAUUGUUAACAUAAAUGACCAACCUUUCCCAUGAGGUGUGUAUAGCAAAACAUUUAUUUACUUUCAAAUCUUUAUUAGCUCAAUAUUAAAAACAGAAGAUUUCAUGGAUAUGGAUGAAUAUUUGCUAUAAGAAAGAGUUCAUUUUAAGUAAUAAUACAAUAUCUAUAAAACAGGUAAUGAGGAUUCUAUCUUAUAUUCAACUCUGUAUCCACAUGGACUGUUUUGUAACAGAAAUAAUCUAUAUCAGAGCUCCUCUCCAACUCCUGUACUAAUUAGAAUAGUUUGGCCAGAUACUUGUUUUCCUAUGAAAGAGUUUUGGUUUCACAGUAGCUAUAAAUUACAUUAAAAAAAAAAUAUGCUGAAUUAGCUGGCUUUUAGAUACACCACACAGAUUAAACUAUUGAAACAUUUGUUCCCAAAAGGGUCCUGUUGAUGGAUUUCUAUCCAAUUAAAAGAAUAAACCGUUCAGGUAGCACAUCAAAAACCUGCAAACCUCCUCUAAAGGUAGUGUUAAAGUUGAAAGGGUGUAAACAGUCUACGUCUAUGUAUGAUUUCACAAAGCGGUAAGAAGAAUUGGACAGUAAGAUAGUGAGAACAAAAAUGAAAUAUUCUGAUCUAUAAAAUAAGUGACUGAGCUUUUGUUUUUACAGAUUGUUCUGUAAUAGAAAUAAUUAAGAGAAUAAUCGAUGUGGAUACAGUUUAAUACGAGAUGGAAUCUUAAUUGCCUGUUUAAAGGGACACUAUAGUCACUUGAACAACUUUAGUUUAAUGAACCAGUUUUGAUGUAUAGAACAUGCCCCUGCAGCCUCACUGCUCAAUCCUCUGCCAUUUAGGAGUUAAAUCCCUUUGUUUAUGAACCCUAGUCACACCUCCAUGCAUGUGACAUGCACAGCCUUCCAUAAACACUUCCUGUAAAGAGAGCCCUAUUUAGGCUUUCUUUAUUGCAAGUUCUGUUUUAAUUAAGAUUUUCUUAUCCCCUGCUCAAGAGCCUCCUGUAUGUGAUUAAAGUUCAAUUUAGAGAUUGAGAUACAAUUAUUUAAGGUAAAUUACAUCUGAUUGAAGGUGAAACCAGUUUUGUUUUUUCAUGCAGGCUCUGUCAAUCAUAGCCAGGGGAGGUGUGGCUAGGGCUGCAUAAACAGAAACAAAGUGAUUUAACUCCUAAAUGACAGUGAAUUGAGCAGUGAAAUUGCAGGGGAAUGAUCUUUACACUAAAACUGCUUUAUUUAGCUAAAGUUGUUUUGGUGACUACAGUGUCCCUUUAAUUGUUCCAUAUAUAAUUAUAUAGAAGAACACACUUCUCUAAAACUAUUCAUACUUUGCACUCUUGAUUUUAUAAAUGUGGGGGAGCACUUAUUUUGUUAAUGUGCAUCUCUGUGGUUUAUUUGCUUUCGUUCCUUGUUCUUUAAUCUAGGAUGUCUACUAGUUAUCGAGUCAUUAAUUAAAAUAAACUUUUUCUCUUGGCAAUUAUUCAUCCAUGGAGCUAUCUGUUUUUAAUUUUGAGCUAAUAAUGAUUUAACGUAAAUUUUGCUUUUCAUGCCAAGAAUGUUAUUUCAGUGUCUUAGAAUUUUCUAACACUGGAAAAGAUGUGAAUUUAUUCUUAGUGCCCUUUUUUAGUGGUACUCCUUUUUCAUAAUUUCUUUAGGGGGUAAGACCUUAAAUUCGUAUCUAGCCCAUCACUUGUGUAGUUAUAUACUUUGUAUUUUAUUAUCCGGAUGGUGUUAUUUUCGAAAAACCCUGUUUAUUACUUUUACAAUACUAAACACAAGCUCCCUCUGUCCCUUUUAUAAAGCUGUACCAGAAUCCCAAAAUAACAAGAACAAGACAGGAACAAGAUGACAAAAAUGUUAUAGAUUGCAGCAAAAUAACUUGGAGAUGUUUGUCUACCUUUCUAGAGAUCUGCAGUUUUAGUAGUUUUUCAUAUUUGUGUUUAUGCUGAAAUGUUCUAAUUUGUCAUUUGUAUUCCUGUCAUCAGACAUCUCAAGCAACGAAAGACCCGAUCAUUGUUGGAGAAUGAACCUACUCUUGAGCCUUGUUCAUCACAGUCUACCUCAAGUGGCGUAAUCCCAGUUUCUGACCAGAGUAACGAGAGUGUCACAUCUGGGAGUUUUCGUGGGUCAUCGCCUGCUAAAGCUGCUACAAUUUCUGCAGAAAGUAGUGUAACAGGUUCAGAGAGUGACUCUGAGCAGAACCGCUCUGAUUCAGGUAAUCAGAUCGUAUCGUUUGUACAUAUUGUACUAAAAUAAUCACAUACACUGUAAACAUUAAGGUCCCUUAAAGGAACACCCCAGCAUCACAAUUUAAAAACUUUUGUAAUGCUGAAGUGUUUAAAAGUACCUUCAAAGUAGUGCGGCUGUUUUUUCGCUGUGAAACUGCAGCAGUCAUGUUGGGUUGAGAAUAUUGGUCUAUUAUAUUGAAUAAAAUCAAUAUACAUAAUUUAAAAAAAAAAAUCAAUGUUUUAUAAAGUAUUUUUUUUUUUAAUCAAAAGUAGAAAUUUUACAGAUGUAAUUUUAAAUGCAUUUUAGCUAACCUCGACAUCAUAAUUACAAUUCGGCCUCAUCAGCUAGGUUAAAACGUUUCCCCUGUACAGUGCAAUGCCUCUCAUGAUUAAAAUGGCUUACCCAUAUGAAUCUCAGAUUCAGGCUGCAGGUCAAUUUUAAAUCCAUGCCACUGCCUUGUGUACGCCUUCACUAAUCUAUAUAUUUAUAGUUAUCCAUUUUUUGCCUUGUUUGUAUCCAGUGUGUUUGUUAAAGUGACUUUUUAUUUUCUUAGAAACUAUUAAGGAAAGUAAUGUACUUGAAAACUUGUGUUUAGGAUUGCUGCAUAAUCUGCCAUUUUGCCAAAAGAUGAAUAAUGUAAAAGUCCUAAAAUGGCAAGAGUUUUAUUUAUUUAAAUUGUAGCUAUAGCUACAGGGCUGCUGCUUAGUACACAUUCUCCAAUUCACACACUGUAUUCGUAACAUGUAUCUUAAACUUAUUGCUUCCACUAGAAAGAGAAUCUGAUUUAACAUCAUCUUCUACCUCGUCCUCCGAACAUUCCACGUGCUCGCAGUCUUCUGACAGCUCUGAAACGGAAACCAAAAAAAAGCCAGCAUCACGACCUAAGAUAAGCCACUUCAAAUCCAAGGAAUCCAAUGCCAGGAAACGGAGAUAUGCAACUAAAAAUCCAGGUGACCCUUUGCUAGUUUAUAUACAUUUGCAUAAUUAAAAAAAAAUGUAGAUUGAAUGAAAAUGUCACAUGCAUUGUUGAAUGUUGCACUGUAUCAGUAUUUAAUAAUAGUUUCAGGGUUAUUCAUUAAACUCCACCUUUUGAGGCAAAAACAGUUUAUUUGGGAAAGAUUCUCGUAUUCAGCUAUAGUCACAACUUGUUUAUCGAUUACUUAGUUUUAACAUUUGGAUUUUUAGUGAAUUGUCCUGUGGGUUCCCCCAGUUCUCUCAGAAAUCCAUGCAUGAUAUGCUUAUUGGUCUUGCAGGAUCCUCUAUAGACCUACACUGGAAUGUGUGUGAGUGCAGCACUAAAAGUGGCAGGGUCCAUCUUCAUUCUAACCCAGGCUGCCGCAUACAAAGCUGGGUUGUCCCCUAAAUGGUCAUUUCCAAAAUAGGAAAGCGCUUCUUUAAAACAACCUAAGAAUUAUUAUUAAAGCCUAGUUUGUUGGUUUCCUUGCCCCCAUUCCUCAGGAUAGUUAAUGAGCAUAGUUCUUCUGAAUAUAAUAAAUGAUUAUGAAGGAAUUCUGAAUGUACUUGGAUUCUAUGUCCAGACAUUCUAAUCCUUGAUUUCUUUGUGUAUGAAAUGUAACGAUUUGUCUUUCUCUUUGGAAUGUAGCGUCUCAGGGAAAAAAGCAGAAGAGAAAUCUGCCUAAUAAAAGAAAAAACACAAGGUAUUCUGAUGAUUCCAUUUCAAGCAGCAAAGCUCGCAAAUAUAAUAAAGAAAGUCAGAAGAAAAUACUUCGCAAAAGUGCUGCUGUGGCGGCAAACAAGAUAAAAUGCAUGAGUGAUGUUGAAGGCAGUGUUCCCAGUUCAGACAGUGACUACAGCGCAAGCAAAACCAGUAGAACGUUACCCCACCGGACAGCUGCAGCCGAAGCCAAGAAACGGUUAAUUGGUGCUUGUGAACUAGAAAAUGGUUUAAGGAGUGACAGUGACACUGAAAUCCCUUGUCAGAAAAAAACAGAUGGUUUCAAAAAAUUAGAAAGUAUUUCCAAUGGAAGCAGCUCAGAUAAUAGGUCAGAAAGUGACGAAGAACAUAGCGUAAGCAAGAAGAACGUGGACCAAAAUAUGGAGGAGCAGUCUUCAUCGGAUUCCCCUUGUUUUCUUACACCUACCUCCACUCAACGGAAUGUUGUUGACACAGACUCAGGGAUGUCCUCCUCAGAUGAAGACAUCCAGGUAAGUUCUAAAAAAAUUAAGCUUAGGAGAAAAAGGUCUGAUAAAAGAACAAUUGUGAGAACAAGAGAAACCCAUCCAACUACCUCUGAAGAAUGUCCGGAAAGUCCAAGAAAUAUAAAGGCACCUUCUAAACCAACUAGAGUUAAUCGCCAAAACAUAUACACAGAAUCUGAUUCUGAAUCGGACAUCAAGAUCAGGCCUGUUCACAAGAGGCAGACCUCUCGCGUUUCUCCACUCUCUAGUAAAGUAAAAGUAUUGUAUGAUUCAGAAGGCACCUCUGAGUCACAAAAUGAACACAACAGUUUUUCAAAAAGUAGUAGUUCUGAGGAGGAAGUAGAUAAAAUAUCUACUAGUUUAGAUUCUUCGUCCGAUUCCGUGUCUUCCUUUGAUGAUUCUUCCCAGAGCCUUCAUGAAAAAAUGAAUGGAAAACAGCCUUGUGGUAAGGUAUCUAAACAAAAAAGGAAACUGAGACAGUCAAAGACUAGAUGUGAUUAUGAGCGGAAGUGCCUAAAUGAUGGUAAGUAUGAAAGCUCAUCAGAGACUAGUUGUGAUAAUAGCUCAGAGGACAUGAACCGGGGAAAGCAAAAAAAACGGUCAGCUGUCAUUUGUGAUGACUCUGACGAGGACAGUGCGAAGCAUAAAAAGAGGUCAAAGACUGUUCAUUAUGAUUCUGAGGUCAUGGAAAGCAGAAAGUCCAGUAAGAGAUCAAAGAGCAGUGACUCGGAGGACAGUGUGAAGUGCAGGAAGCGUUCCAAGAACAGUCCUGAUAAUGACUACGAGGACACUGACUGUAGUACACGUAAGAAGUUAACUCGUCGUUCUAAGAUAUGUACAAGAAACCAAGGUAAGAGGACUGUGAGAUACAAUGACGAGGACAGCCUUGUGUCAAUGGAUGAAAAUGUGAGGCCGAGGUCUUCCAGACAGAGCUAUUCACAGAAGGUUGUGUCCAAGUCAAGAGUGAGUCAGUUCUUUCGCUGAACAAACUACAUUGGAGGGCACACUUGGCUACAUGCAAAAAUUCAGGGAAUAUUUUAAUACAUUUCUAAAUAAUAAAGAAAAAGAAAAAAAAGUACUAAAACAAUGAAUGUGAUUUAAGCCGUGAUGUUUUGUCAAUUUGCACUUUUGUCUCUAAAGCACAAAUGCCAACCUGUGCCUCAAGUCUAAUGUCCGAGAUUGAGAUUAUUUUUUGAUUUUGUUCUUAUGUGCUAGAAAUGCCUAUUGAACACUAAUUUUGCACAGUGUAACUUUGCGUUUACAAGCAUCAUUUGAUGUUGAGAGAUUUUGUAUGUAGCAUUUGUUUUGAAACUUGAUCAUCAAAUUCCUUGAUACAGGGGUACGUUAGUGCCACUUACUGCACCAACAGUAUUUAACUUUUGUGAUAAAUAUUUUCACUACGAAAUUGAAAUGCCUUAAUUUAUACGUGGUUUGCUUGCUUUAGCUAAUACAGGUUGGCUUUCAGCUUCCUUUCAAAAGCCUAGAGCCAUUUUGAUGUCAAUAAGAGCACUUUUGUUUUUUCCCCCUAAUUUUUGCAUAGCAAAUUUUUAUUUUUUAUUUUUUUUUUUUGCUAAGAAAGCAUAGUUUACAUAAACAUGUUAACUGGCGCAUUAAUUUUUUUAUUUUCGUUCAGAUUUAUGCAGUGCUGUGUAGAUGGAAGAUUCAAGAUUAUAUGACAAAAACUUACUUUAAAUGUUAUACUCUUAACACUCUGUAUAUUUAAGAAAGUUUUUUUUUUGUUUUGUUUUUUGUAUUCAUUAUAUUUGAUAUCGGUUCUUACUCUGUAAUCUGCCAAGUCCAUUGUGCAAAAAAGCGAUGGGAUGGGACUAAUAAAUGAAGGUCUUGCAACCAGGUCAAUCAAACCAUUUGCCAUUUACCCUCGUUUUAAAGGGAUCGUGUGAGGUGCUGCUUAUGUUAUUUAAUAAAUUAAUACACAUUUCUUAUGUUUUAAUAGGCAUGUGUGAGUUUUUAUUAGGUUUGUUUUUCCAUGAAUUGAUCCUAAUACAUGAGGCAAAUUAUUGCACUGCACUGUUUGCAGUCGGCCACACUUCAGUGUGUUGAACCCUGGCAGGUUUUCAUAAUAAAACUUAUUUUUCCCAUUGUCAAAUUAUUUUCUUUCCCAGACUGAAAGUUCUAUGCAAUAUUAAAACAAUUAUUAAAAACGAAA